AUGGCCGGGAGCGAGGCUGUGCUGAGGCGGGUGAUUGAGGCGCUGGAGCUGCUACUGAGGACAGCCAAAGCUGCCGGUGAGAAGAGGGUGGGGGCUUUGGAGGCAAGGGCUCCUCCACCUUUGCGGUUCAAGGGAGGCUGCAGGCGGCCUGGUCGCUCCCGCAGCUGAACGGCCUCAUUGGAGACGGUAUACUGGGGUGGGGUGGCGCGGCGGUGUCUCCCUCCAAGAAAGCCCGUCUCUCCAGGGAAUGCCCUCUGGCCAAUUUUAGGGGGUGGUGUGCCGCGUAUUGCUAUUUUAGUUUAUUUAUUUAUAUACCUUUGUAUCCCAAGAGCUCAAAGCGAUAUACAUGUACUGUACAAAGUUAUCACCCGCCCUCCCCCGCCCCUUGCUGGAAACCCGCUGUCAAACGGUACUGGUCGCGAUGGGCUCAGUGCAAGGUAUCUUCUUCCUAUGUUCUUGUUUAAAUCUGCCCUUCAUCCAGAACCAUGAGGACUGGAAGCUUGCUUCGUUUUUAGGGGAACGGCCACAGUAGUAGCUGCUCAGUAGCAGAGCACAUGUGUCAUGUGCAGAAGGUGUCCCAGGUUUGAUCCCUGACAACAUCUGCAGGUAGGGUGGAGAAAGACAGCCCACUUGAAUCCCUGGAGAGUUAUUCUGGCAGUCAGAACAACUGAGAAGGGCUUGUCACAACUUAAAAGAAUAAUAAAAUGUCAGAGGCAAUACUGGGCUAGCUGAACUAAUGGUCUUACUCUGGCACCUUUCUACAGGAACCCAUGAAAUGGUAAAAAGUGGGGCGGUCCAAAAAGCGGUGUGGGUGGGGGUGUGGACAUUUCUGAAUGGCCUGGCUGCUUCAGAAGCCAGAGCAAGACAACUCAGGGUUCUCAGAAAAACAAAGGCUGCAGUCCUAGCCUCACUUAGAAUAUGUCCCAUGUCCUCUGACUUACUUCUGAGUAGACAUGGUUAAGAUUAUGCUGUAACCCAGAAGCGAGAGGAGAAACUUUGGGAUGGGAAAAAUAUAAGAGUUCUGUUAGAUCUGAUCAGAAAUGCAGGAACAAACAGGGCUUUCAGGCUAAAGCUCAUUCCUGCUCCCCAGCAGCUGUUGUGAUGGGUGACCCUAAUUUCAUCUGCGAAGCAUUGGAGGCUGCAGAGCAGCUUCCUAUUUUAUUGACUGUGUUGUACGUCUUCCAUUCUGCUUCCAGAAGCAAAUGGUGGCCUGCAUGCUUUGUCUUUUCACUACUUCCUGUCUUGUCCUGGCAACAACCCUGCAACGUAGGCCAGACAUUAUUCAGCUGAUUUAAGAAAGGAACGAACACUUUGAUAGGCUCUUUAAUCUGGCAAAGAGUCCGAAUAUACCUAUAUAAUAAGAUGCAGCUCCAAACCAAAUGUGUUCAGCAACAUUAUUGUCUGACAUUAAAAAAACCAUUCCAACAAAAUCAGAAAUAAAAUUGGACUAUUUCUGGCACAAAGAGCAGCAUGCUCCUUUAAAACUUCUCAUCAAAUUCUCAUCAAAUAAAGCAAAAUAUCCCAUUGUUAUGGACUUAUUAGAGAUCCCUAGUCUUGGGGGAGAGUGGUUGUAUUUCAAACCCGUUUUAUUUAGUGUGUGGUGUAGAUAUAUUUGCUGCAUGUGAUCAACUGUCUGUCGGUCUUUCUUUCCAGGGACAGAUUCAGGCCCUCUGCAGUCAACGAAGCAUGUCGAUUUGCUGGAAUCGUUGCGCUUUAAUGUAUCCAUUUUGGAAGAGAAGUUUGCCCAGGACCCGCAAUGGGAUGAACUGCAGAGGUUGAGAACUGAGGUCUCUAAGCAGGCUCAGUGCCUGGCGUCCUGCCCGGAUGUGCCUUGGAAUUUUACUUGCCAUGUCUUGCUCCUUUUGCUGUGUCUCAAGCAGUGCAUGGUUCUCUUAGCAACAACUUACUGUCCACCUCAGCCAAACCCCAAGACAGCUGAAGCUGCACCUCCUCUGAGUCCUGACACCCUCAGCAUUGCCCAGGAGAAAACUGUGCAGGUGGCCUUACAGUUUGUUGUGACCUUGGGCAUUUGCCCGUAUCUCUUGCCUGGUGUUGGGCUUCCCCUGAGAAGCAGGACAGAAUUCAGUGCCCUGGUUCAAGAAGUGGCUUCACCCAGAUGCAUUUCCAGUGCCACACGCCGGCUUUUUGUAACCUGCACUCUCCUAAUGGAGGUUGCUGAUCACACGUCCCUGAGCAGACUCAUUCUCACACGUCACUUGGGGGAUCUCCUGGCAGGGCUGUGCCAGCUCGGAUUCUGUCCAGCAAGAAGGAAGGAUGAAGAAGAAGCCAAGCCCUCAGAGGAGCAGAUGGUGAGUUGUCAGCUUCGAUUCAGGGCUGGGAACCUUCUGUGGCCUUCUGCUGCUGUUGGACUCCAACUUUCAUCAGCCCCUGGUGUGAUGGGAAAUGCGUGUAGUUCAGUCUUCCCCGUCCUGGUGUCCUCUAGAUGUUGUGGGACUCCAUCAGCCCUCCCUGGCAUGACCAGUAGUCAGAGAUGAUGAGAGUUGGAAUCCAGCAAUGUUUGGAGGGCCACAGGUUGCACAUCUGUGGCAUAAAGAGUAUAUUUUGUUUAGCACCAGUUACCAACUCUGAAUAGUCAGGAUGGGCAUCUCAACAUUUUUAUAGAGCAUCACUUAUAUACAGUAUGAUGAAAAGUGUUUUUGAUAACUUUCCAAAUUUUGAUAACUUUCCUAAUCUGUCGUCUCCUUAGAAAAUUUAAGAGAGAGUGUCUUACAUUGUUGGAGAAAUUUAAAAGGGGUUCCUGGAUUGGAGGUGUUCCUCCCAGAAACCCAAAACCCAAAAGAAAAGGAUGCAGGCCUUUAUUGAAAUACAAAUAGGAACAGCCUUUAAAAAUAAGGAGGCUGUGAAGAACCACAUCCAAAGCAAUGUUUUUAUACACUUCCAGAUUAUACUCAUAAUUUCAAUUCACCAAUCAAAGGAUCGCAGCAGUCUUAAUAGUUGCAAAACAAUGUCACCAUUCUGAACCAACCAAAAUAAUUUGGCUCUUCAGAUCAGCCCUCAUUAUAAUAUCAUGUGAUUAUAUAUAACCAUUUUUCAGUGUCUUUCUUUACUGAGACUUUGACUGAUUGUCCUAUUCAUUCAGUGUCUCCCAAUAUGCUGUUUGAUCCGUCUAUAAAACCAUUCAAGAUUAAUCACAAUUUCCAUGCCUAGCUGAUUCUCUUUUCAUGCAUACAGUGGCCACCAUAGAUUCUAACAGUUUAUUCUUUUCAGUGUUCUGUAAUAGACAUUCGCUACAUGCAGUAUGUAAAGGCAGCUAGUUCUGUACUGUAAAAGCAGGCAAGCACAGGCCUUUUCAGUUUAGCUAGGCCAUAGGCUCAAAAGAAAACGGAAUCAUCAAAAUGAUACAGUAUGAAAUUAUUAUUUUCUUCAUCCUCAUGAUCCCACUGGAACCUUCUGUGCAACUCAAACAUUGGACUGGUACAAGUGAUGGUGUCUGGGUUUGAGGGAUGCAACCUAUGAAGCAGUAGCGGUUCAGCAAACACUCAGUCAUUUGCAGCAGCAUGGAACAUUGAAAUGACAUCAUGUAACACUUUGCUCAGGUUGGACAUGGGCCUGGUAAGACUAUGUGCAAACUUGUCCACAUCAACAAGGUCUCUCUCUGCACUGAGAUAAUGUUGACACAACAGAACAUUGCGAAUGACAACAUCAAGUUUGUGUCAAACAGACCACAAGGUGCAAACAAGAUUGCAUCAGUGCAAUAACCCUCUUCAUGUACCCAAGGCACCCGCCUGCUAGCCUGAGAGCCAAACUAGAUGCUACUCACGGAGUACGAACAGUCUGUUGAUUGGUUUUAAGUUACCUGAAGGGCUGUUUUUGAGAGAAAAGUAGCUAAAUAUGGUGAUUUGGUGUAAAACUGGAGAAAGGAAGAGGGCUAAGCAGGCCUCCCACAUCUCUUAACUCAGACUGCUGUCCUUUUGCAGCUGCCUUUCAGAAAAGAAGAACAAAGAAUAGCAAGCUGUGGGGAGGUUGAUCUUAUGUCUUCUGUGCAGUGUCUGCUUAGGAAUGCAGACCUUUGUGGAAGAUUUCAGCACAUUGCCGACCACCCAGUAGAGGGAGUCAAAGCCAUACUGUACAAUUAAUUUUACUGCUGCUGCUGUUUUAUGCAAACUUUUUUUUAGGGCCUUACAGAAGAAGAGCGAAGCAGCUGCAGGGAGGCAUUGCAAGGCCUUUUGAACAGAGUUUACCAGCCGCUGGUGGUUCGAGAACUGCUGCUGCUGCAAGGUGGACCCAAACAGGUACUGCAGGUGGACCCUGCUUCCUGGGGAGUCUAAGUGUGCUCACUGGUGUGGCUCUGCAACCCAUUACUUGUCCUCUUCUUCCCUCUUGACCAUUCUAGGGCUCUGGUUCCAGUGGACGCAGCAGUGAGCAUGGUCUGGCACCAGCCCCAGCCUGGCUCCGGCGUCUCUGUGGGCAGCUGCUCUCUGAGAGGCUGAUAAGACCGGGUGGUGUUCAGGCUGUGGUCCGUGGCAUCCUGGAGGGAGCAGGAGGUGAGUGAGAUGAUAACAUAAGAAAAGCUAUGAGUAAGCAUGGAGAAUGGGGCACAGUAGAACUGUAUAAGAUUAGGCCUGGCAUGGGAGAAGAUGGAUGGAAAAUAGGUUUUACUUCCCCUCCCAUAGUACUAGAACCCAGUGAAGCUGAAUGCUGGGAAAAUUCCUGUGGCAUGGUGAUGGCCACCAACUUGGAUGGUUUUAAAAGAGGAUUAGACAAAUUAAUGGAGAUUAAGGCUAUCUGUGGUCACUAGCCAUGAUGGCUUUGUUCCAGCUCCGCAGUUGGAGGCAGUGGGCCUCUGAAUGCCGGUUGCUGGGAAUUGCAAGUGAGGAGAGUUACCAUGGCACUCGGGUCCUGCUUGUGGGCUUCCCACCGAGGCAUGUGGUUGGACACUGUGAGAACAGGAUGCGGAAGAGAUGGGUGCCCUUUGUUUGUGGACUGAAGGUGCAUGUAGUCCAGCCUUCUUCCCAGGGGGGCCUGUUAGAGGCCCUCAGGAAGCUCACCAGCAGGGGUAAGAAAGCAACAGAUGUCCCCGUUUUUUAACAGUGAGCAAUCGGAGGUAGACUGUCUCUGAGCCUGGAGGUUUCCUAUUGGCAUCCUGUCCUCCAUGAACUUAUCUGAUCUCCUUUGAAUGCCAUUUUAGCCAGUGGCCCCUAUAUCCUGCAACAGUAAAUUGCCACAAAUCCUGCUAAUUCUGUUAACCAGUGUGAGAAAGCAUAUUGAGACCUGGGAGUUCUGUGACUCUUUUCUUCAAAGGUUAUUUAAGUGUGUUUGAGGAAUUUUGCCUCUCACUGCUUCAGUUCAGUUGGUUUUGGAUGACAAGAGGCAUAAAAUACACUCUUUCAAAUGGAUCAUCCUUGGUUAUUGCAGGUGUAUGCUGAUUUUUAAUGAUUUGCAGAAUUCUCCAUCAGCUUUUCUGCUUGACAGAGGUCUGUGAAACUUGAAAGCUUGCAGACUCAUAGAUCUACCAAAGUUAGUCCAAUAAAAGCUGUCAUUUUAAUGGCUUUGUGCCAGCUGCUUAUUGAGGAACAUUUGGGAUCACCUCAUUUCCUCUUUACAAACUUAGCGUGUCAAAAUGGACUGGAGCACUCCCCCACCCCAGAUUUUAGUUGUUGUUAUUUUAGCUUUGUUUACUAGAUAAGAAAUAAAAUAUGAUAUGGUAAAUGAGUUCACUCUCUAGGGCAUUAGAAAAUUUGCUAAUGCAAAAUGAAAAUUACCUUUUCAAAUUAUCCUUAUUUGCAUGGGAAAACUUACCAGAUUUUUUUUCUGAAAACCCUUACUUUGCACGCAAAAGGUCCCAGGUUCAACCCCCAGUUAGGGCUGGGAAAAGGCCCUGUCUGAAACCUCAGAGAGCUCCUGCUGGUCAAUUGCAACAGUAGUGGCUAGAUGGACCAAUGGUGUGACUUUGUAUAAGGUACCUUCCUAUAUACAGGCACCCUAGGGAUUAGAGCAGGUCAUCAGAAUGUAUUGCAAUUCAGAAUGAGCAUCAACUGGAGUGUUCAUAGUAUCCUAGAACCUAACAAAGAGUCUAUCUUGCCUUUGUGCCUUCCAGCUGGGGCUACAGGUGACAGCAGUGCCGAAGCAGCAGCAGCAGCAGCAGCUGACUGGCGGAAGUGUGACGCUGUGGCCAGGAUCCUCUCCACUUGUCCUCAGCAGUCUCUGUCCCUGGAGGAUUAUUGCCAACAGGUGUGCCCACAGGUAUGUCCUUCCUCCACCUUCCUCUCCAUUAUUCUAUCUAUAUUCUGUGGUGGUCUGUAGUGCAGGGCCUUCCAAUUGGGGCAUCAUUCCUGCCGGGACUGGUGGUGGCAUCCAUCUGUCUUGAGAGACAAUAAAAUGCACCUCUGGGGUGAACUCAAACAGCUGGAGAAUCACAUCGCCUGCUGUGGCUGCAGAGACUGGUAACUCCUGCGUUGUUUUUGCUGCAUUUGCAGCACUGUCGUGACCUCUCCAGAGUGUAAGCCUGGGCAGUAUGUAUGGAGGUCCUGGGCUGCCCAGAUGACAAGGACACCCCCACACUUGGCCUUGCCAACGUGAUCCAAAGGAAACCAGAGCGAUCUAUUUGUCACCUACUUGACUGCAGGAGUUGCUGGAAGGAGGUGUAUAAGAUGCCAUCCAACUGUCAUAGGGACUCCAGUGGAUUUGUGUAGGGUUUACUCCUUAGCCUUUUCUUUUCCCAGAGAUGUACCACAAGGCAGUGGGUGUGGAUUUUUCCUCGGGGUUUACUCCUGAAACCUUUCUCAUGAAUGAGUAUAUCCACAAUGCAGUGGAAGUUUAGGAUCAGAGUUUUACUUCUCCUAGAUGGGCUACCUUCCCAGGUUGAUGAGCUCCACCUGCCCUUCAUUUCCCUCUACAGCAUGUGCAGUAACUGUGGUGGUAACAAUGGUAAUAGCAAUAGUAGUAGUAACAUACUACAUUUAUUACCAAGCCUACACCAGUAGGUCCCAGGGCAGGUUACAACAGUGUAAAAUUCAGAAUUAAAAACAGUUAAAACAGAGGACAGUCACAGGAAUAGGGCAAGUCCUGAAAACACACAUCUCAGCUGUCAAAGGCCAGGCUGAAGAGACCUAAUAUGAAACUCUCAUUGUUUAUAGGCCUAUUACUAAAAAAAGGGCAUACUUGCAUUUCCUUUUUAUUGGCCUAUUAACAAUGAGAAGCACACGCACGGUUUUAGAAACACUGUUUAAUGAAGGAUCAGCGGCCGAGGAAUAAACAGCACUGGAGAGCAAUGCAAAUGCAGCCCCCAGCAGUGGCUAAAGAGCAGUCUGUGUGCCAUUUCUCUCCCAGGUUCUGCAGCUGUUCCUCAUUCAGGAUAAGCUGACAGCCCAUCAGUUCCAGCGAGUUGCCACCACGACUGUCCUCUCCAUGGCAAGACAACACCCCCAGCAAGCCGAGAAGCACCUGCUGCGUCCCAUACUGGAGCCCCUCCUGUGCUGCUCAGAUGAUGUGACAGGUAACCGCUUCCUUCUUCUCGACCACCUGGACCAGACUAAGGAAUCUGGCGGCCCCUGUGAGAGGGGCAGGUCGCCUUCUUUGUACCUGUCCUGCAUCAUCGGUUCAGGCUGUGAAAAUUGUUUCUUAUUUUGUUCAAUGACUUCAUUACUUGGAAUCAUUUGCUCUGUGAUUCUUGGAUAUCUCAUUUCCUCAGUGACAGAAGCCUGGCGGGCUCUCUCCUAGCAGCCCGUUACAAACUGGGCAGAGCUCCAAGUAACUCAUUCUGUACUUUAUGGACCAUUCUGUUUAAUUCAAUUGCCAUUAUUGUGUUGCAUUAAAUGGAGCAGUCCAUAAAAGCGUGAUGCAUUGAGCACCCUACCAUGAUUACAGGGGGUGGGUUGCCUUUUUAGGGCUGCAAUGACCCAUGGUCAGUCCUCCAGGGGGAGAAUUGUGAAAGUGGUCAUGGGGAGAUUUGCCUUUCAAAAGACUUUUAUUUAUUUUUAUUUAUUGACUUUAUAUACCACCCUAUACCCUGGGGUCCCAUCAGCUAUUCUGUACUAUGUUUUUUGUUUUUUUAAAUCCUCCAUCAUUAAUGAAUCUUUUGGCAUUAUUAUAGUGAGCGAUCCAUGGGAGCAGUCAGUCUAAAAAAAAAAAAACUUAAUAAAACAAACAAACAACUGAUAUAUUUGAAGGCUCCCACCCCAACAAAAAUGCUUUUGAGGAGUUGGACACAGCCUGCAAUGUCAACCUCCCCUGUUUUGAUGGGUUUUGAUGAUCUUAUUAUUCUUUGUUUUGUUCAGAAGUACCGCUGAAAGAGCUGCUGGCAGGGACUGUGUUGGUGAAAGAGGAGGAGCUCAGUGAGUGUGUGGAAAAUGUGCUUAAGGUACAUCAUUUAACCUUGCUUCCUGUAUACCUUGCUAAAACUGAAUACUGCAAGCAGGGAAAGCGACCCUUUCAAGAAGUUCUCUUUUCAAUUGGACCACCAGAACAGAUGGUUCUUCAGCUUCCCACCCCUUCCCUGGGGAAACAAAAUUUGUGUCUAAGCAGUUUAAAGAACUUAGCUGGGUGCCCCCAGUGAGAGCCAACUGAUGGGUCAUAUGCCACAAUGCCCCUGUGACCUCCUUCCAAAAGCAAUGCAUGGACUCCUUGCACAGAGGUGGUCCAGCUGCCUGUUGCCUCCCUUCCCUCAGGAAGCAAAGCCUCCCUUGGAUGCUGCUGCAAGUUCAGUGCUUGCACAAGAAGCUGAGCUGAAUAGAAGACUUGCAUCCUUGUCAUGUCCUUCCUUGCUCUGCCUGUGAUGUGGGACCAAAAAGAAAGGCAGCUGAUUCACUGGCAUCCCCGUCAGGUGUUUCAAACACCUUAUAGCAGCCUUUGCCAACUUGGAGCCCACCAGAUGGUUUGGACUGCAGCUGUGUUGGCUGGGGCUGAUAGGAGUUGUAGUCCAAGCCAUCUGGAGGACAUCAGGGCAGGGAAGGCUGAAUGCCACUAAUGGUGCUCAAGGAGUAACAUGAGGUGCUUGCACCCAGUGGCUGAAGUCCUGGAGACAAAGAAAAAGAAGCAUCAGCUGCAGCUGGAGACCUUGAAGGAGCAGAUUAUCUUCCUUGAGCUGCCCUUUUGAAUUUUUCCAAAACCAAAACCGAUGUGAUUAUGUUAGCUUCCUAGCUGUUGAGAGCACCCAUACCUCCAAGUCCUGAACACUGAUGGUGACCUGCUGCCCCAUAGCAAUCUUGCUUCCCUUCUUCCCCAUAUCGCAUCUACCAUCUCCUAGAACUUGCUCCAUGCUGUGCCCUGUACAGACUGGUCUGCCAGAUGCAGGCCUCUUGUUUCACCUAUGCUUUUUACCUGGUCAGUUUAUAAGUGCAUUUACUUUAGAACUGGUGGCAAUUAACUUCAGUUAUGCUUCUGCAUCACAGUUUCCAUGCUUAGGAUCACAGUGUAUGUGCGUGCGUGUGCAUUCAGCUUUGCUCUUCAUGCUCUGCUCGGCUAGGAGUAAUUCCCCUUCUCAUAUGGUGGUGCUAGCCCAGCACUUUGGAAGCAUAAUCUUUUGCUCAUUUUUCCAAUUCAUUGCCAAGCAAUAUAAUAACUGGCAAGCCUGCAUCAGAAUCUGCAAUUUCUGCAUGGGACAAUCAGCAGUCUAAAGUAGAUGGAUAGGGAUCUGACCGAGUGGCUUGCCAAGCAAGCAGAAAUCACUGAAACGAAUAGCGGCUGUACUGCCUCGUGGCUCUGCACACUCCGGCCUGGGCAGGGGAAAUCAGCAAAGAUCACUGGGGGAAGGUAACUGGAGCCCCUUUGCCUUCUGUCCAGUGGGGCCAGUGCCUGUCUUUUAAAGCCCAUGUUGCAGCCGAUGCUGCAGGGUGAGAGUCUUCCCACCAAGCUCCUGAUUUCCAGCUCUUGAAGAGGGGCUUAGAAAUCCCUCAGUCUUGAUGAAACUGAUAGAUGCAGUCAGUGGUGGACCUUGGUGGCCUCUCGCCUUCAGUUGGACAUCAUUGCUGAGGCUCCCCAAAAGCUCAGUGCCCAGUGUGACCGAACCAGUUGCAUUCCCCUAGAUCCGCCUUGGAUGAAGUUUGUCCUUUUUGAGAGGAACAGCACGGCCUUUCAGCUGUAUCCAGGUUAGCCGGUUGUGGACACAACAGGUAAAGCAAUUUUUCUCUUUCUCUGGAGGUCAGCUUGCUUUGCCUUGGUCAGAUUCCAACAUUUUGGGCAGCACAAUCCCAUGAGUCAGGCAGCCAAGCCACAAGCCAGCAGUGCUGAAAUCUUUGGCAGACACCUUGGCAGUCUGAGCUCUUAAAUACUGUGAUUGCUCGACAGCGUCUUGGGCAGUAAUGAUCUGUUAUAAUGAGCCGGCAGGCAGGAACGGAUCCCAGAGGCCGCACGGUGGCCGCUGUUCCUUCUGCAAAUGCCUGGGAGCACAGGGUGGGUCCAUUGCUAAUGGCAGAGUGCUAGAGCCCUGACAGAGAGGAGAUUAAGAUGGCAGAUUGGAGUUUUGCCUCCCAAGUGUCAUCUGAUGCCAGAGUGGGAAACUCAUCUCAGGCCUUUAGCAGGAAAGCAGCGAGCACAAAUAAUGCUCGUUGAGGAUGAGUGGCUCCAUGGGGGAUUAGCUCAGGCGGAAAUAAUAGGCCAUAUUUUAUAAAGGAAAUCUCUUUCUCACAGAGGUGCUUUUGUGUGUGCACAUGCGUGUGCGUGCUGGGACCAGGGAUACCAUGAAGGUCUAAGACAAUGUGACUAACCAGUAGCCCUCUAGAUGUUGUAGGACUCCCAGUUCCCAGCAGCCAGCAUGGCUAGUGGUUGGGGUGAUGGCAGCCACAGAUGUUCCUUCAGGCCAUGGUAGUUCUAAAAAGAGUCUCAGAGCAGUCUGACACCUUUACCCAAGACUGUGGCAAAUACAGUCGUACCUUGGAUCCCGAACGCCCUGGAACUCAAAUGUUUUGGCUCCCGAACGCCGCAAACCUGGAAGUGAUUGUUCCAGUUUACGAACAUUUUUUGGGAACCUGAAUAUCCAACGGGGCUUCCGCAGCUUCUGAUUAGCUGCAGGCGCUUCCUGCAGCCAAUCAGAAGCCUUGAUUUGGUUUUUGAACAUUUUGGACGUUGAACGGACUUCCGGAAUGGUUUCCAUUCAACUUCCAAGGUACGGCUCUAGAUAAAUAAAUCAAAUGGGUGUGUCCUGGAAAAGAAAUGAGCUUUCAGUUAUGGAAAUCUGCAUAGGUCCUAGGUUGUCCAGGUUUAUCACACCUCUGCUAGCUCUCAUUGCCCAUGCACUUCCAAGCCCAUUUCUGUAUCUAUAACCUUUAUGUUCAUUUCUCAAGGGUUAUUGCAGAGAGCAGUGCCUCUCAAGGUGAUGGCAAUUCUUGUGCCCAGCCCUGUUCUGUGUUUCUGUGAGUCAUAGUCCACAGGCAAGGCAGGCAUGUGCUUCCUGUCUCUCUCCAUCCACUCAUUCCAUGGUGCUUCCUCUCUCGUCUCAGGUGUACGUGGUUGGCAAUGAACCCACAGCUUUCCUAUUGGACUCUUUGCAGCCUGUGCUAGGAACCAUCUUCUCCCUCUGGUGUUUUACCAAGCAGAACGUAUCUUUCCUACGGUAAGGUGUGUGGCCCAGAGGAAGGGCUCUGCAGUCAAAGACCAUCUGAUUUCAAAAAAAUUCCUCCCACUGCAUCUUGGGAGAAACAUCCCUCGUAUGGGGGCAGUUUCAAGGACAUGAAGGCAGGCAGAUGACUCUCUCUUAGUGCUGCUGUGACUUCGUAACUUAUAAAGUAGCACUAUAUGCACUGGCAGCUAAGAAGAUCAGGAGAAAAGAACUAGAUAAAAUAGUGGUCAAUUGCAAAGUUGAUUCGGAUCCUUAAGCUGGCACAUUCUACCUGAGAACCCCUUGCUAUUCUAUCGUAUGCAACAAAUAAUUCUUAGGAGACGUGAUCGUGGUUUAUUGUGUCUACAGUGCCUGAUGUUUUUAAGGUUUUUAUGGUUAUUGUUGCUUUUCUUUUUGUUUCCUUUGUGAAUGAUGCCAUGGCCUUUGGCUAGUGCAAUAAAGUUGAUGAUGAUACUGCUGCUGCUUUGUGUGUGUAUGUGUGGCUUGCUUUCUGUUCACAGACAACAAGGCAGUAUUUUGUGCUGCACAGCAGUACCUGGAGACCAGACUUCCUGCUCUAAGGAGUUGAUGCUGGCACAAGCUGGGGAUACAGUUAGGCAGAUCAUAUCUGAGGGAGUUGGAUGCUGCUUCUCAUGAGAGAGAGGCAUCUUCAGGACUUGUCGAGGAAAUGGGAUUUAAAUGUUGGCAGCUGCAGCUCGGAACAAUCAUGAUGAGCCCAGCACUUCUUAAUGGUGCAAGGGCAAAUGCUUAGGGAGCUCUUGCAAGGGAUACAGCAGUGGUGGAGAACCUCCUCCUGCCCAAGAGUUGUGUUCCCUUUGGGGAAUCUUCCACAGGCCAGCGGUGGGCAUGACCAAAGGCAAAGGUGUGUGGAGCAAUGAAUGUAAAUGUUACUUUUGUACAGUAGGUUAGUUUCUGCACAUACUUGCACAAUCUUCUCUAUCCUUUAUCUUGGCAUGCAGGAGGCAUCAUCAGAAUUUAAAGACACAUUCCAGCAAGGCAAAAACAUGCCUGGGCUAUGUGAAAUGAAAAGUGAGAGGUGGCCUAGGGAGAGUAUUGAGGGUCAGGUACAUAGGCCUGGAGAGCUGCAUUCAACCCCCAGGCCUGAGGAUCCCUUCUCCUGGGAUACAUGGGUCUCAUGUUAAGGAAAGGGUUAGGGUUAGCAAUGGAGAAGUCCACUGCCUGAUUUGCAGCCUCUAGGACACUUCCAGGUUCACCUGCCCUUUCUCUUCAACCCUGCCAGGUUCAGAUUCGGCACAUACUCGUUCUCCCUUGGACUGCCUAGCAGUCACUCAUUUCCACAUUUCCUUCCUUGUAGCACUCCAUGCCAAGAGAUCCUGUUAUGGUUCUUGGAGAAAUGCAAGAGGCAAACUGCACUAUCCGUCCUGGAAGGACUUGCAAGGCUUGGAGGAGCCACCCACCUGCUCCAUCCGCUCUGUCAGUUUCAGGCAGGCAGUGAAGGGGGCGCUGUAGUCACCAUCAAAGAGACUAUCAGGUGAGAAACUGCAUGUGGUUUUCCAGUCCUGUGUGGCUGCAGGCUGAUGUGGUGGCUGAACUUGUUCUGGGGGUGGUCUUCUCAAAGCAGAGAAGAUGGAGCCUUGUGGCUGUCUGAUUUCCAGGGUUGCCUGUCCUGUGUCUUCUCUGGAAGUGGACACAGCAAGCUCCACCACCUCAAAAUACCUUUCUGGAAAUGUGAAUCUUUCAGAUAAAGUGUUUGUGAAGCUUCAGGCUCGUUGGCACAGGUGGCAUGCUGGGGGAAGAGGGCCACAGCUUUUCUUGAGGCUGGGCAGACUCGUGUCACCUGCAUUCAUGUAUAAGUAGUUGCAGACUGUGAAGUGGAGUGAGUGCUUCUGUCUGGCUCUUUGAGCAAGUAACAGGACGUAUGGAGGUGUUGCUUCACUUAUGUGUCCUUAAGAGCAGUUGUGUGUACAGUAUGCACAUUGUCAAGUUUGACACUUGCCUGAGGAGGUGUUCUUCUGCAAAUUGGCAUGCGUGUCAAGUUUGAGCCAAAGAGUGAGCCAUCCUCAACUUCAGUGUCUUCCCCCUCUGACCUGCUGCGCCUCUUGGGCCUUACAGCUGGUCCAGCAGGUGAGGAAGGCUCACUCUUUGGCUCAAACUUGACACGCAUGCCAAUUUGCAGAAGGGUUGCAAAGGGAUAGGGCUAACAGUGGCUACAUUCUCCCUCUGCUUUUAGAGACAGUCUGCUUCUGAAUUACCAGUUGCUGGGAAUCACAAGUUGCACAAGUGCUGCUGGGCUCAGUUCCUGCUUUUGGGCUUCCCACUGAGGCAUUUGGUUGGCCCUGUAAGAACCAGGUACUGGACCAGAUGGCCCCCUUUGGCCUGAUUCAGUAGCUAAGCUCUUCUGAUGUUCUCAUUUCUGUGUGAAUGAGUGCUGAUGUAAUGACGAAAUGAUGAAACAGUGUGAAGCCCCAAGCACUGGGGAGUGAUGUGCUGGAAGGAAAUGGAAGACUCAUCAAAGUGGAAAGAGAAGGGAAUCUGGAGCUCUUGUGGGCCUUAUCUUGGACUUCCAAAGUUCUCCUUGCCAGAGGCUCAUGUAACUGAAACUGAAAACCACAAAGCGGUCAGCUACAGGGGCUGCGGGGAGGGCUGGCUCUGAGGAGUAAGCAAAUGAACAGAAGCGAAAGCUCAAAUUCUAAGCCCAAGAACCCCCAAUGACUGCUGCAUGCACUGAUGGUAAACACUCCCAGUAUGCUAAUGGAAGGCUACAGGUAGGGUUGCCAUAUUUUGAAAAGCAAAAAAGAGGACACAUUUGCCAACUUCUACUUUUAACUAUGGAUCGCUAUGACGACACUACCCAUGAAAAAGAGGGUGUGUCCUGGAAAAAGAGGACAUAUGGCAACCCUAACAGGAGAGAAGGGGAACCCUGUUUUUGGAGUCUAGUUUAUCACCUAGGCCAUGCUGCUACUCAGUGCAGCAGUGCUACUCAGGUGGGUGGGGGGAGACAUUUACAGAUCUCUAUUGCUGCUCUGUGCUGAGAACCUCACCCCAGCAUAUGUGACUGAGCUGAAGGGGCCCACUCCAGCUCCCACAGCACCUGAAUCAAACCCUUGAGAAUCAGAGGGUGAAGGUGCACUCUGGCCUCCCAAGUGUGCAGUGCAAGCUCCCUGCUUUCCCCUUCUUGUUCAACCAAUUUCAGUGUCAGAUUUUCCCACUCACAAGCCCAUGUAUGGGCGCUGUGUUUUAUAACCUGGGAUUAUUUUUGUUUUGUCUUUUUGCAACCAUUCCUCUGUUACCUGGUGGUUUCCUGUCUCGCUGAAGGUGCUAAUUAACUUCAUAAUGUUAUGGUGGUGGUGUUUUCACCAAUUACUGGUGUAAUGAAUGGUAACUUCGCUUUGCACAUAAUUGUCACAGACUGGACUUUUUAUAUUUCUUAGCCAUUUGGUGUCCAGUUCACAUUUGUCCUCCCCACUCCUGACACCCCUACCUGCCAACUGAAGAUAGCUAUUCAUACACCUCCAGUCCAUGAACACUUGCGUCUUAUUUGCUAGCCUUUUAAAGUGCCACAAGCCUCUGCUGAUUUAGUGUGUUGCCAAAGAGUUGCCUCUGCCUUCUCUUGAAUGCUGGGCUUGCAGUGUGAGUUGACUUGCAGAGUUGAGCCUCCACUCUUGCUUUCCAUGAGUUUGCCAUUCAUGUGUGUAAAAUACUUCACCUAAAUCACCUCAUUGUGAUCCUAACAGCAGCCGGGUAAAGCAGGUUAGUGUGAUUAUCCCCUGUUGCAGAUGUGGGACUGACACAGAGAGAGAAAGAGAGUGGUGUAUGGCAGAGGCAAGAUUCAGAUGAGGAAUUUCCUUAUCUCUUAGCCUAGCCUUCCCUAACCUGGUGCCCUCCAGAUGUUUUGGACUGUAACUCUCAUCAGCCCCAACAUCAUAUGGCCAUAUUGGCUGAGCUGAGGCUGAUCGGAGCUAUAGUCUAAUACAUCUGGAAGGCCAAGGCUGGUGAAGUUUUUCUUAGCCAUUCUGCCAUGCUUUGUUCUUUUAUUUUUCAAAACAUGAGUGGUAUCCUUCCAUUUUAAAAACUCCCAAGGUGGCCAAUACCACCAAAAACAAAAAACACCUGGCAGCAAAACCCAAUGUUCGUAUAUUUAGCCCCACAAACUUCUCUGAGAAAACUUGGGCCUCUUGUGCUAGUCAAAGCACAAAACCUAAUCCUAUUAACCAAGGUAGUGGGGAGUGUGGGGAGUGGAAAACCUGUCCCAGUAAGUAGCUCACAUUGCAUGCUGUUAGAGCAUUACUGCAGAACAUUGCUGUCAACAGGCCUGUGAUCUUCCUGCACACAGUGAGGGAGAGCAGGCAUGCUUUUGGGUGGCUACCCUCUCAAAUCAACUUUCUAGGCAGACUGCUGGACUCUUGGCUUUGCAGUGUGAAACACUACCCCAGGAUAUGGUGUCCUCCACAUGUUGUAGGACUGCAACUCCUGCCUUGGCCGUCCUGGCUGGGGCUGAUGGAAGUUGUAGUCCAAAACAUCAGGAGGACACCAGGUUGGGGAAGGCUGCUGUAGAGCUGUUCAAGUGCUUCUUAAGAUUGUUGAUUAGCAACACAGCUGCCUGCUCUUGGUGGCUCAAAAGAUCCUCCCUCUGUUAAGGAGCUGGCCUGAGGUCACUUGCAGAAGGAUGGAAGAGGAAUGUAAGAUGCUCAGAGUUGCUGCCAGGAAAGCUGUGACUCCCCUUUGUGAAACUUUUGCCUCUUGUUUCACAGCGAUGAAGACGAAGACGAGGCUCUCUACCAGAAGGUGUCCUCUGAGCAAUGGCAGCUGGAGCAGCUUGUGGAGCUGCUCUCUCGCUGCCAGAGCAGUGGCUUAGCCGGAGACUUCUUCCUCUGUUGCCUAAAGGUAGGGGGUCGUCUGGCAUCUGGGCUGCUUCAUCUUGGCAGUUGCUUCUGGCUGUUUAAUAAUUUAUUUGCAGGAGGUGCAGUAGUCUUUCUUCCAGGUUAAAAAAAAUAUCAGGUAACCACAGGUGGUAAGAAAGAUCCUUCUCUGCUUGAACAUAGGGACAUAGGAAGCUUCCUUAUACUCAGUCAGACUACUGGCCCAUCUAGCUCAGUAGUGGCUACACCCUGGGAUGCCUUGAAUGAUGGUCAAGGGUGCUGCAGGCAACAGUGGCCUCUGUGCCUCUUUCCUUCCCUCCCUCCUCUGAUGUCCUCUCACAUCUCUGGCUCCCAAAGGCUUGCUGUUUGUUGCAGCAGCCCUGGCUAUAAGCUCCCCAGGUGAAUAAUGCCUCUGGGGCUGGCCAGGGGGUGCUUCCCAGGCCCCUGUGGGGUAAUGUGAGGAGGCACCUCUCUGGGGCACGGGGGACUGCUCAGAGACCAGGGGUGGCAGCCCAGAGGACUCCCAAGGAGAAGGGAGAAAAGAGGAGGUUGAGGGAACACUCCACAAGGCAGGGUGUUCGAAAAGUGGUGAGGGCUGCCAGUUCUACAGGCAAGAGGUGACAUAACUGGGCUCCUGAGCCCCACAGGGGUGCCACAGAAAGAAUGUAGUUGGUCAAGGGAGCUGUGGACCCAAAAAGGUUGAAAACAUCUGGGCUACACUAAUGGACAGCAGUUCUCCAGGGUUUCAAGCAGGAAUUUUCUCCCAGUCCUACCUGGAGAUGCCAGGGACUGAGCCUGGAACCUUCUGCAUGCAAAGCAGAUGUUCCACCACUGAGCUACCAUCAGCCCAUCUGUGGUUUUAAGGGACACCCCCCACCCUUAGGCAGGCAACAUUGGAGAAGAAACUAAGAAGUUUGCAAAAAAGAAAACAACCCUUUUAACAAAGUGGGUUCCUCAACUCCUCCUCAAGUCUCUAUUUAACUAAUGCAGAGUGAUUGUUCUCCCUCUGCAACAUCAACCCUUCAAAGAUACUUUCAGGGAUGCAGGAGGCAAAAUGAUGCAACUAGACAGUCAGGCAUCGGCUCUGCAAGAGGCAGUCUUUGGUGAGUGAUGAGUCAGUGAUGGAGAUGCAAAGCAUGUGAGGUUUGGCCUGUUUGUUGAAAGUUGUGAACUUCCUUUAUUGUGCAGUUCUUUUGAAAUGCAAAAAAGCAAGGAAUGGCUUUAGUUGUUUUGUGUGGGGCAUAUAGCUGGGAAGAAAGAUGCUCUGGAAAUUCACUGGAGCCCCUUUUGAAUGAAAGCAGCUAAUUAAAGUAUGUGCAUACUCCUGACAGUGAAGUUUUGCUGGUACAAAUAUUGCAGUGUUACAGAUGGAUGCUAAUGGCAGGGUUUUUUGUGUCUGCCUCCUGCACAGAGGACCAUGUCUGCAAAAGACACCAGCAGUGUCAAUGUGGGAAAGGGUUAACUGCUGUUCCUUCUGGGGCUGUUUUGACAACAGGAGAAUCUUUGAAGUGUAAUUGUGGGUUUCACAGCUGCGAAUAAUCCCUCUCCAGGGGGAGGGGGCUUCCUGUUUGUGGGUGGGUAUCCAUCCAGCCCUCCUCUGCUUGUUCUCUGUGUUUACUAUUCAACAAUAUUUACUUAAUAAUAAACAAUGUGCUGGUCAAAGUGCACUGACAUGCCAAAGCAAUAUAUAUGUGCCUUUUCCUAUGUGCAUUCCUCUGAUUAAAUGCUUGGGGGUUUUUUCUUCUUCCAUUCUGCCCCCCUCCCUCUGACAGGAGCUGACACGCAUGGCUGGGCAGGGUGCUUCCAAAAUGGAGUCUGCCCCGCUCUCCUCCUGCAACAGCCCUCUGGACCUGGAGCAGUGCUGCAACCCUGGCCUUGAGCAGCAAGAGAGGCAGCUGCAGGUGCUGCAGUUGGUUGGCAUGAUGUGUGAGAGGAUCUCGGAUGCGCUGUUCACAGACAUCUCACAGGUUUGUUGAGGCCGUGGUCUCCCGAGCUGCAGUCGGACAAGAAGUCUGCGAUUGGGAGGGGAGUUUGCCACAUCACCCAUUGGUGGUGACUUCAGGGCCAGCAGAGGGUUUUUUAGAGGCCCCAGGCUGAGUGAUUCUUGGGAGCAGCCUGGGUGGUCACAGCGGAAGCAGACUCCCCUCCUCCUUCCUUAGGUGCCGCACCAGUUUCACUAGGCUAGGUGGCCAGCAGAAAGGGGUGGGGGAAGGGCUGUGUUAAUUUCAAGCCUCAGAAAGCUGAGGAGGUUGCUCAAAAUGCCUGGCUGUCAGAUUUGGCGGUGGCAGGUGGGGUGGGGGAGAACAAAACUGUCAAGUGAGAGAAUUUGCUUUGGGUGCAAAGUUUUCUUCUGAGACCUAGAAAGAACAAAAGUAUCCAAUAGUCUCCCACAAAAACAGACUUCUUGAGUGCACAAAACCUAAUCUUCCUCCCUCCCUUUGUCUUUUACUUGGAUAAUUAGGCAGUUUGUUGAAAAGACAAGCAUAUCAAGGAAACCCAAAGGAGUUUUUCCCCCCAGGAGGCGGCUGGUUAAUGGAUUUAGUUACUAAACUCCCCACCGCCACCUCCCUCUUUGCCCUCCAGAUACACCUGGUACCAGACACACCUGGCAGGGAGAAUUUGCUUGGCCCCGGGCUUAAAAUUGCCUGUUCUGAGAUCAGAAAAAGAGAUGGGUACAAUGCCCAAAGGGAACCAAUACUAACAGUAAUUUGCCAUGCUGCCGCCCUAAGAAAGAAAGGGGAGAUCUCUUGGCUCCCUGAGGGUUUUGUUUUAUUUAGGGUAGAGAAAUUCAAGGGGACCUUGACUUCCCUGCCAGAGAGCUGCCUAGGUUCAUGUUCAGAGGUGCAUACAAUGAUGGACAACCAUGGCCCUCGCACCCUGCUUGAAGGCUUCCCAGAAGGGACAUAGUUCAAUGGAAGAAGAACCUGGUUUUGAUCCCCAAUGUUUCCAGAUAGGGAUGAGAAUAUACCCAGUUUGGAAUCCUGGAGAACCCCUGGCAGUCAGUGUAGACAGUCCUGGGCUAAAUGGACCAUUGGUCUGACUUGGCAUAAAGCAGCUUCCUAGAUUAUUGAUGCAGCAGCACCAACCAGCAUGGCCAAUGGUCACAGAUGAUGGGGGAGGGGGGUUGUAGUCCAGCAACAUUUGGAGGGUCACAAGUUCCCCAUCCCUGACAAUAAGCCCUUGUGAGUUGCAUUCUGCUACAUGGCUGCUUGCAUGUCUAGAGAGUCCUACAUUGCUGCACUUUAAACCCACUCUCUGGGGUUACUACACAUGGUUUCAAAACCCACAGAUGGGCAAUACCUUUAUUAAGAUAGACCCAAACUGCUGGUACUGUUUCCAUAGUCAAGGGGCAAAUCCAGGCUGAUAUCAGCAGAAGGAGAAUUUCUGGUCCUUGGCAAGGAUCGGAGCUGUUGACACUGCAGUUCCUUGCAGAAACCCAGUGGCCUGUGAAGUGGCCUGAGGUUGUCAGUGAUGGAGUGUAGCUGAAAUGCCCCAGAAUCCUCUGAGUAAUAACUUCAGGAUAAGAGUCCUUAAUUUUGAUUGUAUAAACAAGCUUCUGGUUACACUCUGGAGAGUUUGUUGAGAUAGAUGUACAGUGUGUCUUUGAGGUCUUGGCAAUCUUUCAGCCAAAUGACAUGAUAAUCUCCCUUUGCUUCUCUCUCUCUAGGUUGUGGAAUUCGUGGCAACAACUCUGCAGCGGGCCUGUGCAAGUCUCACUUGCAGCUCGGGGGGUAGUACUGUGGAAGCCCAGACACUGAGUAUGGCUAUGGGACUGGUGGCUGCCAUACUAGGAGGGGCAGUGCAGGUGAGACCGUGGGACACGGUCAGGGGGGAUCAGGUCUGGUUUGCUCUUGUGCCCCUGCUCUCAUCCCUGUGACAGAGAGAGACCAUCGUAUGUGUAGCCACAGCGAGGAGUCAGUCACGCUUAGGGCACAUGAUGUGGCCAUCCUGCAGCUUUCUUCAUUGAGAGAGGCAACAGUGCUGGCUAGAGCCUAAUGUGGGAAUAGAUUACAGCUCACAUAGCAGAUUCCCACCCAGUACCCAGCCUUUCAAGGCAGUUUGAGAAACAACUGGCUCCACCUGAGAACAGUGAGCCUGAUGCAGUACUUUUCCCGUGUCAGGUGCUUUGUACCUUUGGGGCAAGCACUCUCUUUCCAUGAGGAAGGGGCAGAAUGCAGGAAGUUCUGCUCCUGGAUGUGACCUUGGCAGGGUGGGAGGAGAAGAGCACUUCUGGUUAGGGUGAGAUGGCUAGAGCUGUCACUGAGCAACGCUAUCAAAUUCUCCUGCGAGCAUCUGAACUGCCAACAAGUCAGCUGUCUUGAGGGAAGGGAGAACCAUGUUCCAGGAGCUGCCCUGUCCUCUUGGCCUGGGCAUUGUCACAAACUUUAUUCCUGCGUGUGAUCACAGAGGAGAGAGAGAGUGUUUCAGGGAAGGAUUUGCUCUUUAUCAAGGGUAAGGUACCUAAGAACUGCCAGUGCCAUCAGCUGUCACUUCAAGGAUUGUAAUAACUUGUGCUUGAGCUUAUUUUUCCCUCCUCCCUCCUCUUCAUUUUUCCUCAUGUGCCAUGUCUUUUUCGAUUGUGAACCAGAAGGCAAGGACCAUCUCAGAACUUAUAUUUUUAGGUUGCUCUGAGAACCAUUUUGGCUAAAAGGCUGGGAAUAAAGGCUGUAAGUGCCAGUUGGCUUCUGUCGGCCUACAAAGAGGCUGUAGGCAGGAGCCCCACCAAAAAAACAGGCUGCUUUGAGCUGACGUUAUUCAACUCCACUUGGUUCUUUGAUUGGCUAGGGGUAGAUGGACGGUACUUUGGUUUCUGACCAGAGUUGAAAACAAGUUGAGCAAGGGGUAGAACCUCAAUUUUGUUCAUUUAUUUUGAAGCAUUUUUAUCCCACGCUUUAGAAAAAAACACUCUUCCAUAACAGCAUACAAAUGUCAGUGAAUGUAAAAGGCACUACAGAAAAGGAAAAAGGAUUGGGAGGGAGGAGGAGGGAAAACAAAACUCAGGCACUAGUUCUUAGUUACAGAGUUCUUACAACCAGCUGCAAUGGAAAGAGCCUAAAGAUGGUUUGUCUUCUUAGCUGAGCCAGUGGAGCCAGGCCCUGGGUCCCUCUGUCAUAGCCUGAUGGAAUGGUUGUUGCUAGAUGACAGUGGAAGUUUUAAAAGUCGCUGCCUGGUGGGUCUGGUCCUAGACAUAAAUUUAUUCUUUCCUCUCCCAUAGCCUGUGUUUUUACACUGGCCCUAGCAAAACUUGCACCACCUCUUGCUGAAGUCGGAUGUGGUUUCCAGUAAACCCUUGAGUGAUGAAGAUGAUCUUAUUUACAUAAUUUUCCUCCACUCUGGUUAACACGCAAGGCAAAUUGCAGAAAUCUACAUACUAUUAUAAUAAUGCCACAUUAAAAAGCUGCUUAAAAAUAAGUUGUGGGGGAGGGGCAGAUGGUUCUUGGUGUGGUAACAAUGCUGGGUGCAGCAGUGGGUUGUCCAGAUUUCAAGUGGACAGUUUCCAGCAUAUGUACUGUGAAUUCUGCCCAUCCUGGCUCGCUCUUCAGCUACUUUGCAGUCCACCACCUGAGAUGUACCCCAAGGCCCUUAGCACGAGUCCCAGAAAGUGGCUCCUUUCCCACCCCAUCCGCUCUUUGCACCUGUAGGCUUGGGGCAUGAUCUUAUCUCCCCCGCCAGAUCCUUCAUAUACGCCCAUAACGGUAACCACAGCAAAGGCUUCGUUCCUACAGUUCCUUCCCCUGACACAGCCUCCCUUCAGCCCUGGGGAAAGUUCUCAGGAGAAGCCCUGAUUCUGUCUGUCUUUGUGGCCGGACUAACAUGCUUGAUGAUCUCUCUGCAGCUGAAACCAGCCGACUUUGCUUCCCUGAAGGGGCUGGUGCCCCUGCUGGAGGAUCUCUCCCACGUUCAUCCAGAGCCUGUCAUCCAGGAGCUUGCUGCCGACUUGCGUAUCACCAUCUACACCCAUGGAGCUUUUUCCACGGAGACAGUCAGCUCUGCUGCACAAAGUACCCUGGGCAAGAGUGAUGCAGGAGUGGCACUCAAACCAAGAGCUCUCGUAAGACAAGGCCUCACCAAAAGGCCCCCUAGAGAGACCUCCAAGCCCGAGGCGGCUCUGCCACAGGACCACAUGGAGAGCAGCUCAGGCACAGACCCCAUUUCCAACCCGCCAAAAGGGCCUCUGGCUGGGGAAUCUGUUGCAGAGCCAGGCUGUGGAUCUCAGGACCUGCAAGAACUUCUCUUAUCAGUUUAUGACCCAGACAUUCCAGCACGAGCAGCUGCCUUGCGUAGUCUUUCCCGCUUGAUAGAGCAGAGGGACUCAGAAGCCCUGAAGAUUCAAGAGAAGCUGCUGAAGGUACACACUCAGAGUACACUGUGUCAACCCUCUGAGAAUACCCACGAGGCUGCAGUGUGCGCGCGCCUUCAUUGCUUUCAUACUCCCUUUAGUGAUGGCCUGUCUAACUAAGGGUGUUUCUGCGUGGAAGAACUCACUUUGAAACCCUGGCAUAGGCAAGGCUAUUGCUGGUGGUUUAAGUAAACCUGACCUUUGCCAAUCUACUGCGUGCCAGAUGUUUUGGACUACAGUUCCCAUCAGCCCUAGCAAGCUCAGCUGUUCUGGCUGGGUCUGAUGGGAGUUGUGGUCCAAAUCUAGAGGGCACUGGGUUGGCAAAAGCUAUUGUAACCACUUGUAGAUACCUGCAUGCCUUUUUUCGCAGAGGGGGGGUAAUGUGGAAGUUUAAUUUUUAAGUCACUAGCAUUUGCCCUACAACAGAUAGUAAUCUUCAAUGCCCUGAAAAGUAAGGGAGACCCUUCUCCUUUUUGGUGGGGUGUGACCCUCUCUUUUCUUCCUUUGGUACAUCAUGCCAGGGGUACUUCUAGUUUGAGUUAACACAGGCUGGUAUGGCUGGGCAUCAUCCACAUGCUGGCUGAGACACCACUCUGGUUGAGGAAGCCAGUUCUAACCAUGGGCAUCUGACCCUUCCUUCUGUCAAAACAGUCAAAUCCAUGAUGGGUUCCAAAAACCUCCAGGAUUCCUUCUUCCCUGCCUAGAUGUCAAUUGCCAGUUAAGCUGACAUAGGAAGCCACCUUAUACAAGGCAGACCCUUGGUCCAUCUCACAGUUUUAGGCUGGGAGUCUCUCCCAGCAAUACUUGGAGAUGCCACUGGGGAUUCAACCUGGGGACACCUUCUGCAAAGCAGAUGUUAUACCACUGACUGUUUUCAGUUAGCAAAAACUCUGGAUUUUUUGGUUUGUGUGUGACAUGAGGGAUGUAGGAGAUACUGUCUUCUGUUGGGAAGGCAUCAGCACUGAGGCUGUGAAAACUAUCUUACUUGAAUGCAAGUUGGGUGAUUCUUGGACUUUAUCCUUCCAGGUUUUUUUGGAAAAUUUGGAGCAUGAGGAUUCCUUUGUUUAUCUUUCUGCUAUCCAAGGUAAGCAGGCAGAAUCUGGCUGUUUGUGUUCUGCUGAGAAUGAAAAUAGAAGCUUUUUGCUGUCUAGCCAGACUAAUUAUGUAGCGGCCAACACCAAGCUCCUUGUCUGUGGAAAGUUGUGCUGCUUGGACAUGAAUUAAAAAAAAUGGCAGAUCGCCUGGCUGGAUCAAGCCAAAAGCCCCUCUAGUUUAGGGGCACUAAGAUUUCCCACCCUCACUCCUAGGAAUGGGAGGUGUUUGAGAGGUUGCUUCUGACCAGCUUCCACUUUUGAUUUUUGUGUGUUGAGAUGUGGAGUUUCACAACACUACUCAAUUUACUGGAAGAAGAGGAGUGAGGGGCAGCCAUUAAUAAAAUCAAGAAGCCCCACAACCUGAUUCCCUCCAGUUUUAGCCCCAUCCACUGGGUUACGUUUUUAAAAAUCAGCUAAAGUUGCUGACAUAAAAGAAAAGUGUGUAUCCCCACACCCCAGACUCUCUAGUAAUUCAAAUGCUGCUUCACGGCCCAGUGGCUCUGCUGAGCAAAUGCUGUUUUCCUUAUCCCAGGUGAAGGAGGCAUUUGUUCUCCAGAAGUGGCUGGGAGACAGUUAAGUGUUUCUCUGGAAAGGUACUAAGCAUGAAGAUGCUGGGCAUGUGAGCACAGUAGAGCAUCAGCUGACAGCAGGUACAUAGUCUUAUGCUGAGUCAGUCCAUUGGGUCACCUAGCCAAGGAUUGCCUCUACAGUGACUGGCAGCAGCCCUCCAGGGGUUCAGGCAGGGAGUUCCUUUCCAACCCCACCUGGGAAUGUGGGGAUUGAACCUGGAACCUUGCAGAUGCAAAGCAAGUGCCCUACCACAGAGCCACAGCUCUUCCCUGAAUUCUUCUUGGUCAUCUGAAAACUGGAAUUGGCCUGGUCUCAUUGCCAGUUAUACUGGUCUGUGCAAUUUGCUUGGACAUCGUCCUUCCAAGCAACUCUCACUUCCUCUCCUGCCCAUUGGCAGCAUCUCUGUUCUCCUCCUUUUGGGAGAAGCCACCACUAAUUCCUUGAACAAAGCAAUCUCUCACUGGCUUCCUUCUGAAGAAUAGCAAGGUGAUCUGGUAUAAGCCAGGCAGAUAUGCUAUGCAAAUAUUGAGCUGGCAGCCAGUGUCCCUGGCUGUCUUCUUAGGAAACGAGCACUGUGGCAUCCUGUGUUCAACAGAAUUGUGUUCCCUGUUACUUCAUCCCUUUGUACAGUGUGUCCUGGAGGAGUCGUUCCAAGGUAGCCCCCAUACUUGUGUGUUGGCAGUGGUAGCAGGGCGCUGGAUGAAUGCUAUGUAUGUCUCCGGGUCCAUAAUUAAUCAGCUCCUGUGUACAGAUAGUGCAGAAGGAAAGAGGAACAUUCUAGGCUGAACUCAAGAUUGCCACACAGGGAGGUCUGAGAUGCUGUGGUUUCUUGGAGCAAAAGGAGUCCACCUUUUUGCCUUGGUACAGUCAAACUUCAGUGGCUCUUCACCAGUUGCCCUGUUAAGGCAGAUGGCAGAGAGAGAACUUUCUCAGAACAUCACCCCAAUUUGGCCAUUCUGCUGGUCUGAGCCAGGGGCAGUGCAGGGAAGGAGCACACUUGCACCAUACCUCCAGUCCUGGUGUAGCCGUGUAAUCCUGAUGGCUGUGUUUUAACCUCCAGUGUUGAAGGCAGUCUGCCUCUGAAUACCAGUUGCAGGGAAUCACAAGCAGGGAGAGUUGUUGCAGUCAGACUUGCUUGCUUGCGGAUUUCAUCAAAAGCAUCUAGUUGGCUGCUAUGAGAACAGGAUACCUGAUUAUAUAGGCCUUUAACCUGAUCCAAGAGCCAACUCCUCUUGCAGUCUAGCAUAACAGCGGUAUGGGAUUCUUCUUCCCAUGUAUUUAUGUGUUGUGGGUUUUUUAUCUUGUUUUUGAAAACUGUCCUGGAAGCUUCACUGCAGAGUAGCAUAUAUUUUGAGCUAAAUGGAGGCUGAAAGAGGCCUCCCACCUCUUUUUCAUAGAGACAGAGGCGAGGAAAGUGGGACAGUAAUAGUAUCCACCACCAGCUUUCUGGGCCGAUGGAUUUUUUCACUGUUUCUUUUCGGGAUUCCUUGGCACCCUCAAAGUGUAAGGAGGCAUUUGGGUGCGAGCCAGCUCCCUUUCCUCAUUGUGCAGUGCAAUUCAUAAUAAUUCAGAUUUUUAUCCCAGUAACAUCCUAAGGGCUCAGGAUGAGUAACAAACACUUAUUUAAAGUACUGUGGGGUUGGGCAGGAAGACCCAUAAAUAAGGUGAUGGAUGGAUAAAAAAAUCUCCCAGUUGCUUCAGGAGGAGGAAGUCUUCAACCCUUGCAAAGUUCAUGCUGCACCUUUUCUGUGCAGUUUGUAUAGGGCACCUGGGAAGUCCCAGCAGGAAGCCCCUGGCUCAGGCUCCUGUCAGGUAGAAGAAGGUGGGAGAGAGGGAAUAAAGAGGACUUGCUCUUCUGGCUGCAACAGCCAAAGAGCUGAAGGGGGAACCUCCUCAGCCUGCCUUUUCCUUCCUGUACUUGUGUUGGCUUGAGCGUGUGAAGGGCUCAUGUGUGCCCUGCAGGCGAAAGACAUCUUGCCACUCCCACCAGUGACAUGGAAAGCAUUGAUCCUUGCACGCUUAGCAACUUUGCGAUGGCUUUGAUGAACCCUCCCACUUUGCCAGGGGGGCUGAGUCAGAAGCAAAGUGCUAAGCUCAGCUUUGAGAGUCAUGUCGGCAUUGCCCCAAAAGGGCUGGGAUGAUGUAGGGGAGAGGCUAAGAUGUGGGGCAGCUUUCACAUCUUACCCGCUGCCCUUUCCCCCAGAGAGCCAUCUGGCUGCCAGCACACAUACACCCCAUUCCAGAACACACAUCUCCCUACCAUUUCCAGCUAGACGAGCAGCUGAAAAUAAGCAGGGCAGGAGAGACUUCAGUCUUGGCCAGGUAGCCUCUGCCACUGACUCACUGCUUGGCAUCCCCAAAGAUGCUCCAGGCCCCACAGUCUUCCCUCCCGCACCCCCCACAUAAAAGUAUUGCUGUCUCAUUGCAAAUUUACUAGCCCAUUGCUUUACAAGCCGGAAAUGAGUAACAUGAUUGUUCUCAAAAGAAAAGGCGGAGGGAAGCACAGAACCAGGAUAUUGGCAGGUUUCAGCCAGUCUGAGCCACAGGAAGAAAUUGUAAUUGUACCUUCGAUGUGGUCCUUGAACCUGCUGUUGAAAAUGUGUGGUUCGCAUGUAUUGGAUAUUUUGCGAUGGACCCACAGUUUAAAAAUAAACUUGGAAGCGGAAUUUUGCUUUACGCUGCUUUGAGCCCCCAGAGCUUUAAAGUGUCCAGAGCACUGUUUACUGCACCCAGAGUGGGGGACAGAGUCCUCUGUGAUUCUCAAGACUCUCUGGCGGAUGGUAUCACAGAGAAAGCACACACCCCCUCCCCGCCACCGCCCCUUACCUGCUGCAGAAGAAAGCAAGCCUAAACAACUGAGAAAGGGGGCAGGAUCAUUUCACUUCCAGCAUAACAUUUUUUGGCACAAGGGCCACAUUCACCCUUGGCCACACUCUCUGAGGGCCAGAGGUGGGUGUAGCCACGCUGCACACUCUCAUGUACACACAGCCUUCCCUGCCCCAUCUGUAGUGAUUGGAGUGUUGCACUAAGCUGGGAGACCAGGGUUCAGAUCCCCAUGCAGCCAUGAGAUGCUUGCUGGGUAACCUUGCAUCAGUCGGUGUCUCAGCCUAACCUACCUUACAGGGUUGUUGUGAGGAUAACAUGGGGAGGGGGAGAACCAUGUAUACCACACCAAGAUCCUUUGGUGCACUGUAAAUGUUAAACAAAUACAUAAAUUAGGGUUGCCAUAUUUCAAAAAGUAAAAACCAGGACACCCUGAAAGUUGUUGAGCUCUAAAAAGGCCAAAAAAUGCAGUUGUUCAAUUGACUUGCCUAGGAUCCAGGACAAACCACCACCUUACAGCCCUACAUAAAUGAAAAUCUUUCUGGAUCAGCAGAAGGGGGCUUAUUGCCCCCUCUGUUAAUGUUGUGGUGACCAAGGAGGGGGCAAUUUGCAUCUGUUCCUGAGCACAGAGUAUUGCCUGUUCCAGCACUGUGUCUGCUUCACUGCCCCACACUUUUGACCCCACUGCCAAAGUUGGUGGGGUUUUGGCUGGGGACUGAAAAAAUUGCUUGAAGCUUUGGGGGGGGGGGCAGAUCAGGCCUCAGAGCUGGAAGUUGGCCACCUGUGCGCUAGAGCCAUAAGCAGCUCCAGCUGAGCCAGUUUAGGGGCUACCUCAAAUGGCCUCAUUGGAGCCUUUUUCCUCUCCAUGGUUCUGUUCCUGGAGGAGGAGGAGGAGGUUUCUCAUCUUCUUCAAGCCAACUCUUUAAAGAGGAAUUCUGCUCCCCUCUGCCCUGGAGCUCCCUGUUCCGUUUUUUUUCAUGUGGGUUUUCCCACACAGCUUUUUGUUGUCAGUUUGGGCCUUGGGCUUGGGCAACUUGGCGGUUGGAGCCCAGUUCCCGGGGAGGCCUUGGGCAAGCUCUGGCGUGUGCCAGCCUCAGCUCUUAAGGUGGAAAUAUCCCCAUGUGUGUUAUGAAGAUGAAGUGCUGCCUCCUAUGCCAACCUUUUCUGCAACAAGCUCCCGUCCAUGGCCUUUCCUUUUGCCCUUUCAGACAGAAGCUUUAAGGGCUAAACUUUGGCUUGGUCCAGGAGGCCUGGACUAAGGGGAUACAUUAUUUUUCCUUUCCAAAUUAGUCCAGGUAAUUAUAUCAUAUACGAUUCUUCAGGCUGUGAACUCUCAUUUAUUUAUUUAUUGCAUUUAUAACCCACAUUUUCGCCAAGGAGCUCUAUGUGGUGUACAUGGUUCUCCUCCUCCUCAAUUAAUCCACACAACCACCCUAUGAGGUAGGUUAGGCUGAGAGGCAGGCCACCUAGCAUGGGGAUAGGAAGCCUUGGAUCUCUGUCAAGCACAGCAACAGGUGCUUGAGUUCCCAAAUGGAGCCUAGUCAUCCCACUCCACCACCAGCUGACAAUGCCCUUAGCAGAUGUAACAAUCCCAUAAUACCUAUUUUCCCAACAACCUACUGCUUCUAAUCCCCAGGGCAUUUUCCUCCCUCCUCCUCCAUUUUUUCUUCCUGUGCCCAGAGGCAUGUCUGAUCUGGAACUGGAGAUCAAAGGGAUGUGAAAGACAGCUGCAUCCGCAUCAUCUCAAAGGGUUGAGGUCGUAACCUGGGCCUUCAAGGCCAAAUCAAACAGCUAUUGAACUAAAGGUGUUGGGCAUGGCCCAGUAGGACCUGGGCGGUUUUCACAGCUCUGAUGGUUCUGUGGUGGAACUUGCAAUUAAGUGAAGCAUGCUUCCUCCCCACUGUUUACUCUGGCUUGACUGUAGAAUGCUGCCAUGACUUCUUGGAGCAAGGCUGUAGGACACACAACACUUCUAGGAGCACAAUUCAGAAGGGAGACCUUGAUUCUAGUUCUCUUCAAUGGGCCAGAGUUAGGCUUGAUUCCCUGGUGCUGCCCUUGCCACUUCCAGGGGCCGUGACUCACAUGACAUGAACCUUUGUAAGUAGCACCUUUAGCCUAUUGUGAUUUGUGGAUGGCAUCUGAUGAAGCCGGUCUUUGCCGGCUCAUCUCUGAGGACAUCCAGAACUUUGCCACCUUGUUGCUGCACAUGAAUGCAGCUACCUCUCUGGGAAUGUGGUCUUUGUGGCACAGCCACCAUCAGGACAAAGUUGAAGCUGGUUAAGUUGGCAUCUUUUGUUGCUGCCUAUGACAACCUGGUGCCCUACAUAUAUUUUGGAUUACAACUCUCAUCAGCUUCAGCCAGGGAAGGCACCAGGUUAGCAAAGGCGUGUGGUGCUUUGCCAAGCCAGGGGUUUCUAGUUUCCUGUAGGUCAAUUCUGCUUCAGAGGCAAUUCUUUCCCACGUGUUGGGAAUUCCCUUUUUGAGGCUUGUUCUGGUUUGUUUUGCCUUGCAAGAGAGCUGUAUUAAGCUGGCAAAGCUCCCACACUGCCAACAGGGCUGAAGAAUUGAGGGUUUUUCAGUUGUUUCUGGACUAUAGCUUCCAUCCCUGCUAAUCAUGCUGGCUGGGACUGAUGGGAGAUCAACAACAUCUAGAGAAUCCCCACUCCCAGGAUAAGGCAAUGUGGCAAUAAGGCUAUUAUAAAACCCUUUGGACAAGGGCAAAAAAUAAAAUCUGAAUAAUUAGCCAGGUGGGCAAUAAAAGAUCACUUUAAACUAUUCUACCUUUCUUAGGCACAUUGCUCAAUCCUUCCAAGUCCUCUGUGUGAAUCUGCUUUUCAAUCUCUCCUCCUUUCUUUUGAGGCAGUUCUUCCUCUGCUAUCCCCUCUGGAUUUAGAAUUGGAGAGCUGGGAAAGGGCUCAAAAAGCCAUCAGUUCAAAGUAUCCCCACUAGCAUCUUGGACAUCGGUCCACACAGUUGCCAAUGCCUGCCUUCUAUGUCACUCCCUGGUGCUUCUCUUUCUCCUGAUCUUCAGGUGUUGUGCUGCUAUCGGAUGCAUUCCCAGAGCAAAUCCUGCCCUACCUGCUGGCCCAAUAUGGGAGCGCUCAUCCAGGCACACAGGAAGCACAGACGGUCGAGACCAGGAUGAAAGUGGGGGAGGCCCUGAUGCGCAUCACACGGGCACUAGGUGAGUUUGCAGCUCCCACUGGGAAUUUUGUGCCAGAGCUGCUCCAGCAGCGUGUGGAGCACCAGAACAUGUGGCUCUCUGUUUGUAUUUGUUUAUAUGUAUAUAUAAUGAUAAACCAAUAAAAACUCAUUUGGAAAAAAAAAGAACAUGUGGCUCUCUGAGGAGGCCUAUGCUGGCUUUAUAAUCACACUUCUCCAGGAAGUUGAGUAAUGCUCAUUUACUGGUAUAAAACCCACAACUGGUUGUACUAAGUGCAGAGUGCCAAACAGCACUGAUGUUCCUUGGCAGUUUGGUACCCAGCCUUCACAAUCUACAGAUGCCUCUAGCUUUGCUGUUCAGUGUGUGGGCAGAACACCCCACCUGGACAGAGCCGUGCUAGAAGAGAUCCCUGAUCCUUCUUCCACAGCAGCAUCUUUGCCUUCAGGUGCCUAAGCACCAAACUGGUUAGUGACAUCAGAGGAACUUACUGUUUGGACCCACCCAGGUCAACCUCCCCUGGCUUUGGAGUCACGUCCUCUGGCACAGAUUGGAGUAACACAGCAUGCCCUGCCCUUACAAAGGAAAAUUAGGCAUGUCUAAGGGAAUGAGUCACCUCCUUUUUCUAGGCCUCAAGUUGUAUUAGAAUCUGUGCAUGCUAUUUAACGGCACUAUUAAUUUUCUCCUUGCUUCAUUUCCCCAUAAAUGGAAGUUCAGGAAUUGCCCACCGGUUUCCUGCAUGUUACAAGGCACCAUUAUAAAACUUGGCUGCAUUGCCUGCUGUUUCCAUAAGACUGGAGCCCUGUGACUUGUCUGGGCAUGACAGUGGCUGAGUUCUCUGGAACUUAGGCUUUUCUUUAAAGGUUUUUGUUUGUUAAAGUGAUUGCUUCUUGGUGGCAUCCAAGCUCCUCUGCACAACUGGGGUGUAGGGGGACAGGUGCCAGCUUAGCAGGGUGCACGAGCCAGUCUUGAUGGUGCCACCACAGCCAUCUCGAGCCUUUUGUCCACUGCUGUUGCCAGCGAACAGAUUGUUCCCUGCACUCAGUGCUGCAAAUCCUGCUUGGCCAAUUUAGCCUUACUGUGCUUUAUAUAUGUUGAGCCUAACUCAUUAAAUUACCAUCUGACCCAGAUGUUUCUCCAUCUGUGCAUCCCACCUGUUUGUCUGAAGCAGAAAAUGACUAAAAGACUGGCUUUUAAAUCUUUUAGUUGGAUAAAAGAGAGGGGGGAUUACAGGGUUUCCUCCUUGGUUUGGCUUCUGUGGCAGCUAAAUAAAUAUUUUCUCAAACAGGUGUUCAGUGUGUGAGGACCUCUUCUGGUUUUCACGCUUUUUGCCUUGAGGGAACUGGCCUAUUUGACAUCAGCUUGUCUGCUUGAGAAGCCCUGCAUGAUGUAAAGGAUCCUGGGACAUGUGCACACUCAGGCACCAGGGCUAUGCUGUUGACCAUUAUGUACUGAACAGGUGACCUAGAACACUCCUGACACUUCCAUCUGAUCAUGCAUUGCAAGAAAGGGGUGGUUGUGGUGGUGAGGAAGCAUGUCUGCCAUUAUUAGUGAUCUUCUGAUAAGCUUCCAAAGUACAGCAUGCACCCCCAGUUUGAAAACUCCUGUUUGUGGGCUAAGCUGCAUCUACCUUGACUGCCCUUCCACUCAGAGCAAAUCGGAAUAUUGUGUGCUUCUUCUGAGCGACUGGUUGCCCACUCCAAGCAUAAAGCAUAUUCUAAGAGACUUUAGCAUUUCUGGGCAAAGAAUGGGGCCUCUGAAGAGACAAGGCUCCAGCCUGUGAAAUUUGGCAAUUAACCACCUGGUUAUAGGCCUUGUUCCAACAUAACUGUUGGCAUUCAGCACAAUGAAUUGUGCCCAGCAUUCCUUGGAGCAGACCCCUUGAAAGGAAUGAGCAUGGCUAAGUUAGGCCCAUUAAUCUUAUCUAGUCCAAGGAUAACUUAGUUGGCUACAGCCCAAUGGCUCUUUGAAGUAACUCCUUGAAGUUCACACAUGUGCAAAAGCAAUGCCAGAGUUUUGUUUUCCUCAGCAGGUCUGUGAUUUUAUGAGCAGGUUCAUUGAUGCCUGGCAAACAAGCAACCCUGUCGCACAGGCAUACGUAGCAUUGGAUUCUUGCAAAACUGCCUUCAAACAGAGCACAGCUGGUACCAGCUCAAAUCCCCUGAAUGAAUCUACCCACCUGUUUGCCCCCUUCCUCUCUCUGGUUUUGCUGCCCUUCAGGGAUGAGGAGGGGAGCUCCUCCAUGGCAACACAACCACCUUCACUACUGGGCUUCUGGUUAGGUCCUCCAGAAACAGAGACUACCUCCAAUUGUGAAGGUAGAGCAUGUGGCCCUUUUGGUGCUAUGUUGCCCUUUUGGCAGUGAUUGGCGCACCCUCUACUCCCCCCUACCCACUGCUGUGCCUGGUCUGUGCAGCUGCUUUUUCUUCUUGCAGGUAGAAAGAAGGUGCACUCAGACACCUCAUCUGCUGGAAAAUUCUCUUGGCUGACUGAUGAGUUGCUGCUGGCAAAGGGCCCUUUCUUUAAAGAUAAUAGCAUAAUUGCUCCCCUGUGUGUCAGGGCUUUACCCUCCUGUUUGUAUCUCUUUUCUUUCUUUUUCUUUUCAAGGUACUGCUCGCUCCUGCUUUCCCUGCCCCCAGCAAGAGUGCUUUUUGGGGGAAGGGGGGUGGCCCCUGCCCUUCCUAGUCAGCUAAACAUCAGGAAGGCUUUUCCAGUCACAAUUUCCUUAUCUUUCUGCCCUAUUCCCAUUGCUUUUUAUUGUUAAUCUUCUAGAAGUUUUUUGGGGGUUUUUUUUAAUGAAUGGAAGCACUUUGGCCACUUAGGUGCUCAGUGAUUGACUUAAAAGGAUUUUGAGGCCCCAGGCCCAUGAUACAAAUCUGCAUGUGCUAAUGCAAACUGAGGCUAAGUUUCAGAGGGGGAGUAAUUUAAAAAAAUAAAAAAUAAAGGGGAGAAGGUACAGGAGAUAUCCACCCCAGGGCAAAAGACUUGGAACUCAAGCCCCCUGAUCCCCUGGCAACAGCCCUGGACUUUGACACACAAACACACACACCCCAACACCCCUGGGGAUUGCAGCUAUGAGGCUGUGUGUGUUGUGGCUUCUCCCACUGCUUGGUCAUACAUUAUGGGUGUGGGGCUGCUGAUCUGAAUGAGGGUCUCUUGAGGCUGCUGAGGUGCCAUACUUCACUCCCGGCCUGUGCCACUCCUACCCACCCUGGUUCUUGCACGGCUGUCAGCACAGCCCCCUAUUUGGCAUGCAUCAACUAGUCUGUCUAUUUAUAGACCAAAUUAAACCAAAGUGUUUUGUACGUCUUCACAUUUUUCAGCACUACAGCACUAUUUAAGACUGUGCUCCCUAUUCUUAAAAAUCACUGGAUUUCCUUCCCCACCCCCUGCUGCUAAUCUUUUCGGGAUUUGCUUUGCUUUGGGGUUGUCUCUGCUCCAAACGGCUGCAGGGAGUGCUGGCUGUGGCAAAAACCCUUCUGCACCUCAGGAUAUUGGUAUCUCUGGUGUGGAGGAAAACCUUUCCAAAGUAAUGUUGGUUAUUCUGCCUUUGUGGCAGUGUAAUAGCAAGAGUUGCACCACUACAAAACUAUGACUUACUGCUGGAAGCAAAAGGGGCCUAAUUUUGACCCAUCUGCUCCAUCAUGGCGCAGAUGCAUCUGUUGCUGAGGAGAAGGACUCUAGUGAUGCUCUGGGAAGGAGGAGGACCAGAGGAUGGGAGGUGGGGUGCCUAGGCGAACCCUGCCCUGCAGGUCUUGACUGCAGCAAAUGCCCUAAGCUCUGGGAUGCCUUUUGCAAAGGGACAACUCCUGCGCAAGCAGACCGCCUGCAUCCCAGGAGGGAGCGGCUGGUUUGCAACAGUUCUGCUGCUUUCAUGUCAGCCCUCAUUAGAAAGCAGAUUUUCUUCUUCAGGCAGCAGAAAGCUGAAGACAAGUUGAGAUCUGUCAGCUGGCUGGAACGGUUAAGGAAGGAAAGGGAAUCUGUGCAACCUGACCCCUGUUGUGUGUAACUUCAGGAGUUGGGGGGGGGAGCAGUUAGAACUGUGGCUUAUAUGUGCCUGUGUAGUCUCAUUUUUCUUCUCUUGGGGUGGGGAGGAAAGAGGUGCUUCUCCUCUCCCCCUUCCAGGCAUUGCUGAAGGAUUUGCAUUAUCAAUUGAGUUUAAACACAUUAAACCUUCCCCCAGGAUGUCAGCUGAGACACUUCCUCUUCUUAUUCAGGGAUCAUUCACUGCGUGGGGGAGGGGGCUGGGAGGGAACCUGCUUUGUUCAUUCAGCUCCUGAUCCAGGCAAAGUGCUGUUUCGUAGGCAAGAGUCAUAAUAAUUAGACCUCCUCCUCCUCAGCUGUCUAGGGGCGCCUGGGAGGGAGAUGCUUCUGACACCCUGGGUGGGUUGGUGCACUGCAGGCCUUGCAUCCCACCAAGGGGGGGUUAACAGUUACGAGGGAUGCAAGCUAAUUUCCUUCAGCAGAGUAGACAGCUCCCCAUCUCACCCCAAGUACCCCCACUAUAGACUUUACAGCUUGAAAAUGUGUGUGCAAAGGCAGCUGGUACCUGAGACCAAAGCUGGGCUUGUUAUGGUCACAGAGCCAAAAUGGAUUUUUGUGGAAUAAAGAAAUCUACAAGAUUCUGCUUACUGUGCACAAGUUGUUCAAGAUACAGAAUUUGAGGUUGGUUCUUAGCUUAAGAGUUCACCUGACAAAACAGAGCUAAGGUUGUAACUGUGUAGCAGCAGAGGUACCCUCAGCUGGCAUCCCUCCCCCACUCAUCCUCCAUGGCUGAAGCCCCUUCAGGGCAGAUGCAUAUGUGUGUGCCUCCUUUUGUCCCAUUGACAUGCAGGUGAGACAAAGACCAAGGGGUGGGGGGAUUUGUAUGCUUUGGAAUUCAGGGGGAACCAGAGAGGCGGCUAAUGAAAAUUAAGGGAUUACCCUUUCAUCCUGUGCCUGCCUGACACUGUGGCAGGAAGCGCCAGGGUGUAUCCAGUGCAGAAGUGCUUAUGGCCUGUCAUGUAACUCUUGUUCUCGUCUGAGUGCUGGAAUAAACCCACAUUCAGUCCUGCCUCUGUGCUCCCCCCACCCACCCAAUAUUUCUGCAGCAGCAAGUUUGCACACCCCACUGGUUCUACUUAGUCACAGCGGCAGUGGGUGGGGGAGCAGUUGCCACAGAGCAAAAGUCUUCUGGCUCUUCCUUUUAGACUUGUUGCCCUUUGCUGUUCUGUGUCAUGGGUUAAGGAGCACAAUCGAAUGGCUCACUCUAGUUUUCACACACUUUGCUGUUUCUAAUGCACUUGGUCUGCUAUUGCCUCUGAAUGGGCAAACAGAAAUCCCAGUUGUGUAUAUUUGCUUCCUCUCCAUUCCCUGAUGAAUAAUUUUGUGAAACUUGAAAGAAAGCUGGCGUACUCUUAGACUAGCAUUAAAUUGGUGUCGUUAGUAAAAGGCAUGAUGUUACCUUCUGCCUGACCCCCUUGGGACUGACAUGACAGCCACAUUCUAUUCUGUUGCAUGCGUCUAGAAUCAUAGAAUUGUAGAAUUGGAAGGGAUCCACCCCAAGGGUCCUCUAGUUCAACCACCUGCAAUGCAGGAAUCACAGCUGCCUGACAGAUGACCACCCAACGUGUUUUAAAACCUCCAGUGAAGGAAAGUCCACCUCCUUCUGAGGUAAUUCAUUCUACUGUUGAAUUGCUCUUGCUGUCCUUUCUUGUACUUUGAAUCCAUUGGUUCAGGUCCCAUCCUCUGGAGCAGCAGAAAACAAGUUUGCUCCAUCCUCCAUGUGACACCGCUUCAGAUAUUUAAAAACGGCUUCUCUUUUCUAGGCUAAACAUACCCAGUUCCUUCAAGUGUUCCUCAUAAGGCUUGGUUUCCAGUCCUUUUAUCAUCUUGGUUGUUCUCCUUUGCACACAUUCAAGCUUGCCAAUAUCCUUCUUAAACUGUGAUACCUUUUUCACAUUGUUGACUUACAUUAAGCUUGUGGUCUACCGAGACCCCUAGAUCCCUUUUACAUGGGUUGGUUCUUCAUGGUUCUGAGUUUGGGCAACUUAACAGCAACCAUUUUGAGGCACAGGAAUAUGGCUACUUCCACACCCACAGCCCUACUCACUACUCACUACAAAAUCCCUGGGAUUUUUGCAGCAUUGUGGUCCAGAACUGACUGCAAAGAUUAAGAGGGCGAACUGGAGCCUUUCAGCCCCUUUGACCAGAGUCACUUUGGAAGUGUCCUUCCUCCCAUUUUAUAGAUGGGGAAGUAAGGGCAAGCAGUAAUGAGAGCAGAAUUGAAAACAUCCUUCCGGGUCGAAGUUCACAUCACUUCUUCCCUGAAAAGAAUGAGCUUUUUGCACCAGCAGCUAUUCAUGUAUCUGCUAGGAGUUCUGCUUGUUGGGUCAGGGUGAGCAGCACUGCAAAGUCCCAGACACUCUUACUCUUUCUCUCUCUCUCUCAGUAAGAGAAAAAUCUGCUCCCAAGUCAGCAAGAAUUGACUUCAGGAUUCCUCUUCUGGGCAGAGAAGAGGAAUUUGGGGCAAUAAGAAGCAUCCCCUUUCCUAACAGGUGGCUGCCUGACCAGCCAUCCUGGGAACCUGCUCAAAAGGUGGAACAAAAAUCACUAGGUCAUUAGCUAGGACUGGCUGGGGAUCCUCCCGCACAGAAGCCACAAGAGGCUGGGCUGCCCACAGAUCAGUGGUCAGAGGUGAGUCCAGGAAAUUGGCGUCACAUUGUAGAUGCCCAUGGGCACACAUGCUGACAGCUGCCGCUCUGAGCCACAGGCCAGUGGAUGGUUGCAUAAGAAGGGGGGGUUGUGCAGAUGGGCCAGGCGCCUGGUCAGCUGUGAACACUCGCCAAAGCGUGUGAUCUUGACUGGUCGAUAGCAGAGCACCGCUGGCCAAGGUGACUUCUAGAUUGGAGCUGCAGCUCGUUGCCAUGUGAUAGAUAAGUUUUCAAUUUAAACCACCACAGCUUUAUUGUCCAGGCCGUGUGACGCUGCCACCUCCAGCAGAGCUAUCCUCUGCCAACCACCUGCACUGUCUGGUGGUUUACACGUGAGUCGGAAAAGCAUUGCUGAUGGAAGGGAGGUGGCAACGCACCAAAAGCCUGGGAUCCCCAUUUGUCCUUGGCUCCUUAUCUCUGCCCAUCUUGUUGUGUCCUUCAUGGAGCAGGCCGCUUUUCCCCAAGAGAUGUCAACAGUGCUGGCCCCCACCCAGCCAAAGCUCUUGCUUAACAAGAGUUUUAUGUAUUUUUCAUGGGUGAUAAGUUUAAUACAUUCUCUAUCUCUUUGUCUACUUCUUCUCCAUAGCACAGAGCUCUGUUCUGCAAAAGGUGAGUGACUUAAAUAAUCGGAACCUUUCUCUCCCCCGCCCCCACUCUUGCAGGAGACAUGGCCUUCUCACACCGAGACAACCUGAUCCACGCCUUUCUGCGAGGAGCAAGAGAUCUGGAUGGCACUCUUAGGGCAAGCAGCCUGUCCAAUCUGGGAGAGCUGUGCCAGAUACUUCAUUUUCAGCUGGGCUCUGUGGUCCAUGAGGUAUUGGCCACAUCACCUCCUCGCUAAAGCUUUUGUUGCUGCUGGAACAUGGCAGGCUACUGGGGUGGCAUGCUUGGAAAGGGAGGCUUAUAUAACUUCCUCCCAAAUGGAAACCUGUGGCCUGAUUAGUGCUGGUAUAUACCCCCAUGCUAUGAAUUCCUUUUGCCUCUUUGGCUUCUGAGAGCCCCUUCGACAUACUCCCUCUGCCUAGUGCACUCCAGGUAGAUGUUUUAGACUCCCAUUAGCCCCCGGCAGCACAGUCAUGUGAUACUGGGACAGAUGAGUGUUGCAGUUCAAAGCAUCUGGAGGGCACUGUGUUGGGGAAGGCUGCUGUAGGGCAUUCUCACAGACUUCUUUUUUUCAGACAGCGUAACGCCUUCCAGUGCCUUUCACCUUCUGCCCACUAAUACACUCUCCACUGUCCUGUGCUGUUUGAUAAUUGGGUAUCUUCCAUUCAACAUGGUCAGUUUGACUGGUGUCUUUCAAGGUUAAGUCCAUCAGAGCCACAACUGGGUGCUCCAGGGACAGAACACGCACAACCAUGCAUUUCUGUGUCAAGCUGCGGAACACCUGCCUCAUACCGAGUCAGGCUAUUGGCCCAUCUAGCUCAACAUUGUCUGUUCUGACUGGCAUCACCUCUGCAGGGUUUUAGACAGGAGACGUCCCCAGCCCUACUAAGAGAUGCCAGGAACUGAACCAGGGACCUUCUGCCUGCAAAGCCAAUGCUCUAUCAAUGAGUCACAAUCCUACCUCAGUCUCUGCAACCUCUCCUGGGUUUUUGUAUCUGUAUUUUCUCUUCCUCCGUAGCUCAGUGGUAGAGCAUCUGCUUUGCAUGCAGAAGGGCUCCAAAUUCAACCCCUGGGGUCUCUAGCCAGGGCUGGGAAUAUCCCUGUCUGAAACCUAGAGAGCCUCUGCUGUUCACUGCAGAUUGGACUGAGCCAGAUGGACCCAAUGAUCUGACUUGGUAAAAGGCAGCUUCCUUUGCAGAGAUGAGAGCCACAGGCCAAGUACAAUGCUAAGUAUCUAGUACAGGGGUCAGCAACCUUUUUCAGCUGUGGGCUGGUCCACUGUCCCUCAGACCAUGUGGUGGGCUGGACUAUAUUUGGGGGGGGGUGAACGAAUUCUUAUGCCCCACAAAUAAUCCAGAGAUGCAUUUUAAAUAAAAAGACACAUUCUUCUCAUGUAAAAACACACUGAUUCCUGGACUGUCCACAGGCCGGAUUGAGAAGGUGAUUGGGCUGCAUCUGGCAUACGGACCGUAGGUUGCCUACCCCUGACCUAGUAAGUAAGGCUUACUGGAAGCUAGGAUGUGCCUUUUGCUUUCUGGAAGGUUGCUGAAUGGACCCUUAACAGCCAAGAAGUCUGUGUUUUCCAUUUGCCCUCUGCCACUUCUCCAACAACUAGCUGGAGCAGGGCUGUGAAUGCUCUUGCGUCCAAUGAUGCACUUCGGUGCUAUGGAGAUGGGUGCCAUGGAAAUACGUGCCCACCAGGCAGGUACAUCUUGGUAUUCACAGGCAGGAGGGAUCAGUUCUCUGGAUUCUGCACAGUAAUGCUUUUGGGGGCUACCUCCAAGGAUAAUAAGUUCAGAGGCAUGUUGUGUGCCAUUUCAGGGUCACCUGACCCUGGCCCUCCUGCUGGGUUGAGAAACCUGAUGGAAGCUCUGUCCAGGGUUAACUAAUCUGCAGAGACACACACUACAUAUUGCAGCCUUCUUCUCUGGUUUAGUUAAACCAGAAUGACAUCCUAAUUGCUACCACAGGUGAGAAAGUGCAAGCCACCCAUACGUAUAUGUGAAAAGGGCUAUGGGGUGGAAAAGAAGUCCAUAAUUGGACCACUGUGUUCACAAUAUACCUUUGAAGCACAUUCAAAUCACCUUCUUUCCCUCAAAGAAUUCUGGGCACUAUUAUUGACCCCUCACAGUAUUACAAAUCCCAGCAACCCUUAACAAACCAGUCCCCAAGUUUAUUUGAGGUGUGUGGGUCUGUGUGCUUUUAAUGUGCCUUAAAGACACAACCUUUGUCCUCAAUAGCUGUGAGUAAAAUAGGCUGUGUUUUUUUAUUCAUUAAAAAAACACAUUAUGGGGUAUCUAGGUAAAAUGAUCAUAAGCUUCAUUCCCACAAAGGUUUGAAAGAAUCCUGCUGGGCGCAUUGGAAGCAGCCUUAUGUAGCAGGUCAGACCCUUUGUCUGUCUAGCUCAGCAGUGUCUGCUCUGAACAGCAGCAGGCUCUCCAGGGUAUUGAGCAAAAAGAGAAAGCUUGCACAUCACCUGCUACAUAUGUGAGAUUAUUUUAAUUGGAGAGGUGUCACCUGGCAGGAUUGAACAAGGCGCCUUUUGCAUGCAAAGCAGCUGCUUCCCCUCCUCCUUCCUGCAGUGCUGAAGCUGGAAUAGCAGGAGGUGUGAAUGCCCUCUUGGUGUCAGGAGCUGUGCAUGACAGCUCUGCUGCUGCCUAUUGCUAUAGCUCCCGUGCAUCUACAGCAGCACACAGGGAGGAGGUGGGUGGCUUGGUGCAGAUUUCAAGCCGCACUUUUCUAUGUGUGAGGAGGGAGAGAGAGAAGGAUGCUUCUGGCUCUGCAGCGGGCCAGGUGCCAGCUGAUUCAGCAGGAGCUGCUGCAGAGGGGGAGGGGGAAGUGCUGCCCUUGAGCUGAAGGAAGGAGGCUACAGUGGGGAACUCUGUGCAGGGCAGAGGCUUCUCUGCCAGUUUCAGAACCAGCAGCAGGGACCUCCUUGGAGGCCAGGAAACAGGAGUUCUGCCCACUCACCACAAGCUGGGUGGCAGUUUCCAUACCACGAAUGUGAAUAAGCUCCAAGGACGGAGCAGCUGCCUUUGCUCAGGAGUUUGCAAUACUGACCCUUCCCACCAAGAUGGGGAAGAAAACUUCAUCCUCUCUCACUUAAGUUUCCUUAGUGCAGCAUUCCAUAAGGGGUUUUAGAGCAAAGGCUGUCGCUCAAUGGCAGAGCAUCUGCUUUGCAUGCAGAAGGUCCCAGGUUCAGGUUCAGUCUUUAGGUGGGGCUGGAAAGAUCAUUUUCUCAACCUCCUAUUCUCUUGACUGUUCUGGUGUGGUGGGCUUUGAUUUUGCGCUCAGGUUUGCUGUGCAGGCACUUCUGAGUCCCCAGCCCAUCACAGGUGAGCAAAGUAGUCUGCCUGUCCUAAUAGGGCCUAUGACUUUAUCUGUUUGACAGGUGACCUCAUGUCUGACAGCAAUAGCGAAGACCGAUGGUCAGGUUGAAGUGCGGAGAGCAGCCGUCCAUGUGGUGGUGCUUCUGCUACGUGGCCUCAGCACAAGAGCGGUGGAGGUGAGCUGCUUCCCUUCUUGAUUCUGCCCAAAAGAGAGAUGCCCUGUAGCCCAGGCUCCUCUGCUUUUAUGGUUGAGACUGGAGGUAAAAGUUUUUCCCCACUCCCCCUAGGGCCGGAGCUGUGCUUUGCCCUGCAAGUGCCCUGUGUGAAGAGAAGUGGAACGGGGGCAACACCAAAGAAAAUGGACAAAAAGUAAAAGGGGAGGCACGCCUUGAGCUGGUGCCCAGAAGCCGCCAUUUAUGUUGUGAAAAUUGCCUAUCAUGUCUCAAUUGUAGGUCUUCUCCCCUCUAUAGCCUAGCAACAGAACCUCUUUCACUACUGAAAGUGAAAGCCUAUACUCAAGAGCAAACAGUCUUUUACUCAGAAUAAGACCCAUUAAGGUCUGAACACAUUAAGCCACCUUCACAAAAUAAACGACUUGCCGGCAGCAGACUGAAGGCUGCCUCUUCCCUUUUCCUGUGUGGGCAGCAUCCUUGCAGCAAGGCUCAGACUGCCACAGCUGGUUCUAUCCCAGAAGUUGGCUCUGAGCAGUGGGAAUUUCAUUUGCAACUACCAUUGACUCACUGGAAAAAAGAUUACAAGAAUCAUGUUCAUCUGAUUGUUGCUGCAGGCAGUCAAUGAAAGGUGUGGCCUUCUAGAAUUGCCCUGGUGCCCUUCCAAGGUGAAUUGCCUCCCAAGUUGAGGCAAAGGGCAGUAGAAGGAAAUUCUGUUCCUGCUAGGAUUUCUCUUCAGCCAUAUUCUCAGCUUGUUGCUGCUGUUGCACUCUUGUCCUUGGUUAUUACAGAGGGUGGAAGUGACCUCGAAUGAACGGCACAAUGGGAGGUGGAAACACUUCCUAAAGUUUUGAAAGUAUAGGAAGCAUUAUCCCCCUUGCAGUUUUUAAAGGGAAAAGACAUUUGGAAAUAUUUGGAUUUAUUUUUUUUAGUAUUUACUAGACUGCCAGUACCAAACCCAAUUUAUAUCUCUGGAGCUCAAAGAUACAAUAUACAUACAGUUUCCGUGACAUUGUCAAACAGGUAUAAAACAUUUGCAGAGUAGCAGCAGAGAAAUGAAAAUCUUCAGGUUUUCAUUGAGCAGGAGUAUUUUGGUUUCUGCCCCCAACCCAAGAAUGGUGUCACAGGCCACUUCCUUUUAAGAAUAGGAGAUGAAUGUUACUCCAUUAGAGCCUCUGCAUGGUUAAUAAUAAAAUUCAAAAACAAUCAGCAAACUUCCCAAAGCUGAUAAGCAAGUUGCCAAACUGCUGAGGGUUUUGGGAUGUAUUCCUUGUAUUGAGGCUGUGUAUAGUGAAUGAGGCCUGCUGGGACUUGCGGCUUCUACAGGCUGCCCACCUGAGUUUCAAAGUGCAGCAGCAUCAGGUGGAGCUGCCUUGGCGUGGUUGGCCAGGGGCAGGCCAGGAGCCCUGGGCAAGCUGCCACCAGCGGAUCUCUUUUGGCAGGACACUGGGGAGUGCCCCAUCCAGGAAGCCCAGGGACUGCGUCUUCUUCCUCCUGCUCCUUUCUACUUUCGCUCCUAGCCAAGCCCUGUGGGGAUGGGCUAGCCAUGCUGGGCUCUGAGAGAAGCUGCUUGACUCUCUGCCUCUCCUGCACAGCAGUGCUGUUUCUUUGGCAAGGCUGCUUCUCUUUCUACCUUUGGACAGGCAGAAGCCUCAGUGUCAGGCACCUGAAAUGAAAAGGGCAUUUAUCCACAAGUCACUCUUCAACUGCCUUUCAAGGGGGGGAAAGUCCAGCCCUCUGCGAAUGCACACACCUUUGCAGGCCAGGCCCACAAUUUGGUUGCUCUUGUGGCUCUCUCAUCAAAUGCCCCUCAUGCUGAAAUUGGGAACUUUUCAGGCUGAGCAAAACUCUUUGCCUUGUGACCCCAUUGCAUCCUCAUGCCAGUGGACUCUUUUCCUUCCUGUUGGGCUCUGGAGAGCUCUGCACCUCAGGAGAAAAUGAGGACGGGAGCCCUCAUUCCAAAUUUGAACCGAACCAGCACAAGAGUUGCUUUCUCACCUCCAGCACAAUCAUGGCUGCAAUUUUGCAAGUUUUGACCCGGGCAGAUUCCCAUCUGCAGCUUUCUGGCUUUUACUGACUUUCGUUUUCUUUUUUGCUGUUUCGCUUUCCCAACAUUGAAAGUUCUGGGAAAUCACCAUUAUCUUUUCUCAAUGUCUCAUGCAGCAAGGCAACUCUGUUUAGAUCAUUGCAAGCUCCAUUACCUGCCACCAGGUAGCUCUGUACAGUAGUUCAAGGGUCAGCAGUCUGUUUUCACUACACAAAUUAAUCUCAGGUGCUCAGGGUCUGUAAUGAAGCCUGGGCAAAGCAGAAGGGUGUGUAGAGCACCUUAGAUUCAGAAUCCAAAAGAUGAUAGAUGGGUGUAUACUAAUUCCUCGCUCUUACCUGUUACAAACAUUUGAUCACACCUUGACUAGAAUGUGACAGGUCUACAAGGGGCCAGCUAACAUUGCUCUGGGGGCCAGAUCAGGCUUACGGAAUUUUCUAGCACAGAUCUAGACAAAAGUAUUUUCUGACAGGCAGCUGCAAAGGGAGCCCAUUAACCUCAGUUGGUUGGACAGCUGAAUGGCUUCUGGGGCAUGAAAGGUUCUUUUGGACAUUACACAUAACUCUGCCUCUCCAAUGGGUGUUUCUUUUCCUGGUGUGGAAUAAGCAUUCUAACAGCUCACUAUCAUGACCUCAGUUGUUCCUAGGAAUAAGAGGGAAUCUCCCAGACUUGUGCAAUGCUUUCUUGCUGGAGGUGUUUUCCUAUGGUGUUGCAGAAAAGGAAGUGGUGUCACGCCUUCAACAGGGGCAAAGGCUAUCGAUCCUAUAUUGGGGAAGUGCCUUAGCUCAGUGGUAGAUCAUCAGCUUUGCAUGCAGAAGGUCCUAGGUUCAAUCCUGGGCAUUUCUGCAUAGGGCUGGAAGGAAACCCGGUCCGAAACUUGGGAGAGCUGCUACCAGUCAGCGUUGACAAUACUGAGCUAGAUGGACCAAUGGUCUGACUCCACAUAAGGUCGCUUCCUAUGUUCCCAUAGCCAGGCUUUGAUCUGCUGUGGUGGAUAUGUGGGCACAAGAAGCCACAGGGCUUUGCCUUAUUUCUGAAGUGAGCAUUCAUCAGGCAGUCUCCAGCAAGCCCUAUCUAUAAAAGUUUCUGUUUUCAGAAUCUGCUGCUGCCUGUUUGUUGCAAGAUGCAAAACAGGCCUCUGUUGCUUUGCAAAGCUCACCUGCUGCAGGAGCUCAGUGGCCAGAACUCCCUUGGUGCAGUGGGAGGUGGAGGAGGCAGAAAAUGUGUUGGGCAUUAAUGAGCAGCUUGUCUGGGUGGGAUUACCUGGCUGUCCCACAUGCAGACUGUGAUUAGAGAAAUUUGGAAAGGUACUUUCCCCCUCCCCCUGAACCUCAUCCUGACAAUCUUCUGGCUCUCAGAUCCUUCAGAAAAAGGCGGGAAACUAUUGAGAAAGCAUUGCAAGACAAAGCAGAGGCCAGUCUGGCCUUUGUUUGGUGCUCAGAAAGAACACUCUCCCAUACUCUGCCUGUGCAUUAUAGGCACUAGGGAUCCAAAUAGUUCACUCCCACACACUCAACCCUAAUUCAACUUUCUCUUUCCUCUUCCCCUUCCCCCCCCCCCCCCAGGUUCUCCAGGAUGCCCUGCUGGAACUCUACCACCUGCUGAAGUUUGUGGUGCGCUGCGAACAAGAUGAGGUCACUGUACUUCACGCACAGCUGGCCUUGGAGGAGCUGGAUGGCAUCAUGAGGGAGCUCCUGUUUCCCCGUCAAACUCUUGAGAAAAAGAUUGAGGUCCUUCCUUAG